GGAAAAUAGCUCAUUCACAGCUAGAGACAAGACAAGUACGGUGCCAUAGAGUCACUGUGCCAGAUCAUUGCUUGCCUAAUGCUGAGCUAGAGUGGGAUGGCUGAGCCUGUGGGAGCUGUGAAACCCUGAGAGUUUUGCUGUUACCUUCCUGGUUCCAAUCUGCAACAGAAAGAUCUACUUGCUACUUUGUAUCAGCUUCGAGUGCAGCAUCUGCAUCUGAUUGGAUCUGGAUAUUAAAACUUGUUGCUGGGUCUCUGCUCAGAGGAAAGAUGGAGCUAUGUACAAUGCUCAGUGUGAUCACCGCGUGCCUGUUCUCGAUGGGAGGUUUGCUGGGUAAGUGGUUUAAUACCACCAAAGUGAGCAAAGUAACUGGAGUGAAUUUUACCAAAUGUGGAUUGACUAAGGGUUAAAUGCUGCUAAAACCAUCUUUAUGUGUGUGUUCAGAGCUGUGACCAAUGGACGUGCUUUUCAAUAGUUAACUGAUUUAUGUCAAGACACCUACAAAUCAUAAUAUAAAUCCACUAAUGAGAUUUGUCAUCUUAUUUUGGGUGAUAGGGUAUGGAUUUUGUAAAUGUACCAACAUCCAGUCAUCAGUUCAUGCCUUUAUGGUUCAGUGUGUGAUGUGAGUGGGACCAGGGUCUGCAGCAGGUGAUCCAUAGGUAGUAGGUAAUGGAUGUCACCAGCUGCCAUUGUGUUUUUUGUUUGUUGUGGUUUUUUAUUAAUUUGUUGACUUUACCUUUUGUUUUGGUUAUAUUAUUUUGUAAUAAAUGCAGAUUGUCUCUUCAGAAAGACAGUCUGUUGUGGAAGGAAUCUAUCCACUAAAUAUUGGAAUGCGCAUGCAAUAAUACAACUCUGGAAAUUAAGCUCAGAAUAGCAUACUUGGAGAAAAAUAGUUGGGAUUUUUUUUUUUUCACUUUGCUUUUUGUGGCUAAAUUAUUGCAAGAAGUUUGUCAAUUCGUUAUUUUAUCAGUUUAUAAUAAUAAUCAAUGUUUGAUUGAAUAUCAACUAGGAUCAACUAAAUGAGCAUUUAUGAUGCUGUGUUAACCCCAUUACAUCCAUACAGUACUGUGGUGGUUUUUUUGCAUUCGAAUUUAGGGUAUAUUUCAUUAUUCUACUACUAACAAAGACAUAUGACUGUUUAUACUCUAUACUCAUAACUUUCUGAGACAAGGAAUGCUUGUGUAAAUUAUGAUUGUUAGAAAUUGGAUAUACUUCAUAAAUUUUGAUGCUCCAAAUAUUUUCAGAAGUUUGUGUGUUUCUUGGACAGGCAUUAUGAAAAUUAAAAACAGUCAGUAGAAGUGUUUUGUGUUCACUUUGGAAGAAAAGCAAACAUCUGUUCUAUGGAAUCAUUUUUCGUUUAUAGACUAUUUUAUUAUCAUUAUUAAUAAUAACAAUACAAUGCACCAUAUUUCACAGUACUAUACAUUGUGUAAUACAGAACAAAGCAUAUCGUAAAUUAUGGCAUGCGAUUUUUAGAGGUAGCUUGACUCUCAAUUUUUUUUUUUUUUUUAAAUCUUAAAAAAUACAUUUUAGAUUUUGUUCAGUUUGUAUUUUUUUUACGUAAUUAAUAAAUUGCCAUCUAGCAUUAUUGCCCUCAACAUUGUGGAUAAUAUGUAUUUGGUUUCCUCUUGUCAUGGGUCUGAACUCUUGGGUCAUGCAUAGACCACAGAUUCAUAUUCUUUAGGCAUCUGGUAGUGAAGAAUGCUCCUAUGUCGUGUGUGUGUGUGUGUGUGUGUGUGUGUGUGUGUGUGUGUGUAUGUAUGUGUAUAUAUAUAUAUAUAUAUAUAUAUAUAUAUAUAUAUAAUGCUUAGAUGUAUGGUACCUGCGAGGCAGCAUGAAAGAAGAUCACAGCUUGCCUUUGUUUACAGUUACAGCAUAUGGAGAUGUGUAUUUAAAAAAAAUAAAAUGUAAUUUAUAGGGUGCAAUGACACAAUUUAUAUACAAUUGUAUUAAAAAUGUUUUUAAAAGGCCAUCACGGUCAGACAUUGUUAAGAUCUAAGGUCAGAUUAAAUAACAGCACUUAAAAUAAUGGUUUCCAUGUGCAAUCACGACUGAUGUAAGGAAUGCCUUAAAAAGAGAUAUGUACAUUUUGUCAUUCCACUAUAAGGCGUAGAAAGCUUGUUUUAUUAUUAAUUGGUACCUUAGGGAAGUGGUGGUUUAGCUUGUUACUGUGGUGGGAUGGGGGUUGUUUCUUGUAUUCCCAUGAUGCUUAGAGUGUCUAUAGUGCAGGGUCAAGUUAAAUUAUAACUGUGUUUGGUUAUAGGCACUAAAGAAAUAUCGAAUCCAAUUGGUAUUAAAAAAAUAUAUAGAUUUUCUAUCUGCUGGAAUGUUGAAAAUAAAAAUUGAGUGCCACAGGGUUAUAGUCACCCUUCUGCUAUUUGAAGAGUUGACUGUUGCUCUUUGGACCAAGGAUGUUAAGUGUUGCUUAUUGCCCGUUCCAGUCAGUUUAUUUAUUUUUUGUGCUUAUUAGGGUGACAGCAAUAUUGAUUUAGCACCUUACAAAGCAGCUCAGGCAUUUUAUCACAUUAGUCUAAGGCAAAGUUUUUCCUGUCAGUGUGUUUGCAGUCUUUGCUUUGUAUGCGUUGAGUUCAGUCAACAUGUCUUUUGCAGUAUUUAAUCACAGAACGUGAUUUAAUUCUGAGCCAUGAGAAUAGUUUAUUUGCCAGGAGCAUUGAGUUUGACUUCACUUGUGUAUUAAUCCUGGCUGUUUAUUCUCCUUUCUUUGUGAUGUUCAAUCAAUCUUGAAUUGCUCUAACCUGUUUGCCAAAGACUUGUUCCAAGUCUUUUGCAGAACUUUCUGAAGUCUUUGCCUGUUCAUUUAGAUCUUUCUGUUCUCACAUGCGGAUGUUUUUGAACAUUUUUUUUUUCCUUUUGCUUGAGAGACUGUCCAGAAACCUGUCUGAAAAUAAUCUGAGGUAGAGGUAGACAAUUUGUCAAAUUUAUUUAGCUACAGGCUAAAUGCUUAGAUUUAUAUGACGCCUUCUCAGGAGCAGAGGUGGGCUUUUUAUGUGCUUUUUCCAGUUUGUCUGGUAAGGCAGAGCUAGACAUCUGGAAAAUAAAAACACAAUAAAUUGCGUAAAAUAAAAAUAAAAUUGUGCUAGAAGCCUUUAAGCAGGAGACAGAUAUUUAUCUAAUCUUAACGACCUCAGGACCGAGGGGGGGUAGCCUGUGGCACGGUGCAUAUGUUUUGACAAGCAUCCUUGCUGUCAAAGGCCAGCAAGGCAUAAAUAUGCUCAUUACAAUUUAAAUUUUCCACCAAAACUUUAAAUUCUGACUGCGCAUGCACAGUAGUGUGGUCUGCUUCCUGAUUGACGCACAACCCAAAAGCUCCUACUUUGAUUAAAACCGGAACCUGUUUCAGUGCUACAUAACCCCGAAGGAUUAGGAGGUCGGCAUCAUGCAGAUCGCCACCCAGGGAGCUAUCUGACAGACUUCCUCAAGCAUCAGCCUUCAUCAAUAGGGAAAAUAGUUAAGGAGGCGGAGUGGGCGCAGGGCCAAAGGCCAGCCAGGCCAAUCAGUAUCUCCUCAUGAAGAUGCAUUGAAUCUAUGCAGAGUGUGGAGAUGCUGAACGGCAGCACUGACCCAGAAAGCACCUCUAGUAGUCAUCUGAGGAGUGGUCACUGGAGGUUCCUUAGGCUGUAAUGUAAACACUGCCUUUUCUCUGAAAAUGCCUGCAGGGGCUUAUAACACUCACCAGAACAACUACAAAGAGCUGUAGUUGUUCUGUUGACUAUAAUGUCCCUUUAACUAUUAUCAAAAAAAAGUUUUGUUGAAUGUUUUUAAAUUGCUGGUUUGAAUUUUUUGCAGUAUGCAUUGCUUAGGAGACCUGCUCACUGCCAAUAUGAUCCUGGCUUUUAAAAUUUCAUCCAUUAAAGGAACACUAUAGCAUUAGGAAUGCAAAAUUGUAUUCCUAAUGCUAUAGUGUUCCUCUGCGCCCCUACCCAGUAAUUAACCCCUUAAGGGAACAUGACAUGUGCGACAUGUCAUGAUUCCCUUUUAUUCCAGAAGUUUGGUCCUUAAGGGGUUAAAGGAUUUAAAACUCUUUUUUUAAUUACCUCUUUCCAGCGUCGAGGGACGUCACGCUGAUGAAGUAACUAAUGCGCAUACCCGGCAAGAGCUGGACGGACAUUAGACCUUCCCUAUAGAAAAGCCUUAAAUCAAUGCUUUCCUAUGGGGAUUUGAAGAUGGUGGACAUCCUCAUGCAAAGUGAGAUGACAUCCAACGUCAUUUCAUGGAGUUAAACUCAGUGAAAAGCAAGGAAGCGCCUCUUGUGGCUGUCUGGAAGACAGACACUAGAGGUUGUCCUAACCCUGCAAUGUAAACAUUAUAGUUUCUCUGAAAUUGCAAUGUUUUACAUUGCAGGGCUAAGGGGGAUAGGAACAAUGCCCCCAGGCCACUUCAAUGAGAAGAAAUGGUUUGCGUGCCCAUAGUGUUCCUUUAACAGUUGAUAAAAGGAUUAUCAUUAAGUUGGUUAAAAAUAGUAAUACUUGAUUGGCAGCAGGUUAAUCAAGAGCCAACAGCAAUCUGAUAUAUUUGAUAUGCCAUUCAAUGACUAAAUUAAGACAAUCCUUGGAUAUCUAGGGUGGUCUAUAAACGAUGUCUUUAUUGGAUUGGAUUACUAGUUUAGGUACUUCUAACUUGUACUUAAUGUGAUGAGUUAGAAAACUAGGAACUGUGUUGCGUUUACAAAAAAAAAAUCUCGGAAUUUAUGCCUGCUUGCCAAUUUUUGACCAAAUAUUUGUAAUUCCAUUGCCAGUUUUCCAACAAUUCCUGGUCUAGUUAAUAUUCAUAAAUGUCAAAGUAUCCCUAUAUAAACACUUAAUUCUGUAUGAGCUUGGACCUGUUGGUUUAAUUCUGAAUACUAUAAAAACAGAAGCACCUAAGCAAUGUGAUCAGCUACUUAAUCCAAUUAAAAGUACUUUCAGCUAUUUAAGAGCAGCUGGAAGACUUAAGGAUAUUAUCACUAUAAGUACUGUUUACUGUAGCAUAAGCAUUUUCUAGGGUAGUAACACUUUAUUUUUCUUACAAACACCAACUUUUCCUUGAGCGCAUAGACCAUGAUUAUAAUACCAGUGGCCCAAAGAAGGAUGAAAAAUAAUUGAACUUGCCAUAUAAUGUCAUUUUAUAUAUUUUUUUCAAUAAUUCGAAAUUAAUGUAAUUUACAUAAAUGUUCUAAGUAUAAAGGAGAAAAUUAUAGUAAAUAAUAGUAAUUGAUAAAAAAAAAAUGUAAAAAGCAAAAGAAAUGAUAAAUUACAAAAUCUCUGCCUUGCAAGUCUUUUCCACCAGAUUCCUUAAACAUUCUAAUUCUGUCAUUUUGAAGCCUGUUUGAUAAUGCAAUCAAAUGCUGCUUCAGAAAUUCAGCAUGCUUAAUGUCUGCGGUUAUCCGUAGUCUGGUUAUCAGGUCUCACAGGAUGGGCAGAAAAAGAAUAACUUUCCUGAAGAGCAGGAUGCCUUCUGGCAGGUCUCUUUCCCUCACCCACACAUGACUAUUUUUGUUUUCACUGGACAUAAGCACCGGUGUGCAGGCUACAUUCGCAAUUUGUAGUACGUCCUGAUAAAUACCAAAACACAGGCCUCGAUUUAAUAAGCUUCCAAAUGAUUUGAUACUGUUAGAAAAACUUACAUAUGUAUUAUCUACAAAAAUUCCUACAGAAGUUAAUGGUAAGUUCAAUAGAUAAAUAAUUUGUAAAGUACUUCUAAUAGUAGUCAGUCGUUUGGAAAUUCUUAUUAAAUCGAGGCCGUAGUUCGUAUGUCCAACCUUUCGGUUUUACCUUCAAAUCACUUCAAGUAUUAUUUAAAAAAAGAGAAUUGGAAAAAAAAUAUUUGAAACAUUUAUGCAUUUUAGGAAUAUUACACUAUACAUACUGUAUGUUGAAGAAAGUUCCUUGUAUUUUGAACACAAAAUUAUUUGAAAUUUUUAUUCAUCUUGAAGGCUUGUGUGAGGGGAGGGCUGGCAAGGGGGCCAACAUGCCACUGGCUUGAGGGGAUUGUGUGCACAGUACCAUUCAUUUUCUGAUUAAAAGCCGCGGGUGGUGUGUUGGAUUGUCUAUCAGCCAAAUACUGCAAGAGGGAGGCAGCAGGCAGGAAUUAUGUAAGGCCUUUUCUAAGUAAAACCCUUAUAGGUUUGUCCUUGUUUGGUGGCCCAUUGGGAUAUUUCUGCAGUGUCAGGGGCUAAACACACUUCCAGGCUAUGAUCGCGUGCACACAUAUAUGUGUUAAUACUUCUUCAUACAGCACGGCUGUACUACAGUAACCUCCAUCUAUGAAACCCAUAUCCAUAUAUUACAAAAACAAUGUAAACACGACAGACUGACAGAUAUCUAAAAGUUUUAUGUGGAACAAAAAAAAUAGACAUAGAGAUAUAUAUAUAUAUAUAUAUAUAUAUAUAUAAUCCUUUUUUUUAAAGACUAGUCGUUUGUUCUUGCCCCCCGGGCCAAAAAUCACUAGGCCUCAGACACUGCAUGCAUAAGAUGGACUAAAUUAUGCAAGGUGGUAAAUCCUUCCUUAUUAUGGCUUUGAUUUAAUAAGCUUUCCGAAUGAUCCAAUACUCCUAGAAAAACUUCCCAAAUGGCUUAUCUAUAGUCACCAUCACAUUUCUGUACAUAAAUCGUUUGCAAAGUAUUUCAGUAUUCAUUUGGAAAGAUAACUAAAUUGAGGCCUAUGUCUGACCAACGAAAUCUCUGCAGUUAUAAGCCAAGUUCAACAGAUUAGGUGCCAGGUGCUCUCUGUACCAUAACAGUCCACCAUGCAGAGUUGUUACGAUGCUUAGAUGGAUCCUUUACAGUCGAGAGGGACAGCAGGAAUUAAUUUUCAAACCUGGAUAGAUUGUCUGGUUUGGGGAGAAUUAUUGAUGUGUUUUAGGAUUAAACCCUUCCCAUCCCUUUUCAUUGACACGCAGGUAGGGUUAUUCAACAAAGUGCAAAUUCAAAGUGACUUGUUCAUUUCAGGUCAGAGUAGUUGAAAUGAAAACAUAGAUGACUGCGUUUUUUCAGGUCAGCUAUUUUGACCUUAAAUAUGAAAUUCAGUUGAAUUCUCACUUUAGUGAAUAAACCGGAUGUUGUGUAAAGAUGCUUUGCAAGACGUUUCACAUAGUGAAAAACAAGGUGUAGCAGACACAUCAGAGCAAAGACAAAAGUUUUAUAUCUUGCCCUAAAGGCAACGCCAGCACAGGAGCCGUUCGAAUGAGUUUAAGUUCUCAAUGAGUGUGUCACACACUGAUGAGGCCAAAAUGAUUGUCUAAAAUAGCUGGGUCUCAUAAAAUCGAGACUUUACUGACAUUUUCUGAUCUGGGAUGACUCAGUGACUGGGAACAAUCUGAUAUAAUCAUGGAAAAAUUAUUGCACGGAAUGACAUAUGUGAGAUGUUCCUGAGUGGGAAUCAACCAUUAUAUAAGCUACUAAGCUUGUGUUUAUGUUUGUCCCUCAUAAAUAAGAGCAAGAGUGAGCACGGCUGAUGAAUAGGGCAUGCAUGUGGUACAUCCAUGUUAUGUGCACUGAGAUAACACAUGUAACUUGCUAGCCACCUAAAGUCACUGAGCACUGAGUUUUUGCAUACUGAGGGGACUCUAGUUCGCUCAGUCUUACUAUCACUAUGUUCCUUUAUGAUAUAUAUUCUAGUCACCCUUCAGUAGCAGCAGAACAGAGCAAUAACCCAGAACUGCAAGACCGUAGAUCCACAUCAGGACUUUAACACAGGAUCUGGGAUAGUUGGGAGUUAUGCACAUUGUUUAACAUUGAGUUAGGCAAUUGUCUAUCAUUUCCUUGUAUCAUUAUAAAUAUAGUUUUACACUCUGAUGAAGUUUGAAUGCAUUUCACAGACUUUAUGUAUCAAGUUUAAUCACUACGAUUACUUUUUAUUGGUGAUUGUCUCAAAGAAAAUUUAAAAAUCGAACCCUUGUUUCUGUUGAGAGCCUGCAUAUUGACCACACUUAUGCCAGGGAAGGCAAAUACAUUAUAACAUUAUUUAAGGCAGUAAAAAAAAUCUGAUUUAUAUCAGUAAACUUGAGAUAAACCGAGAAAAGUGUCAUCUUACUAUUUAUCAAACAAAAGCCCAAAAUUAAGUUAAUGGCAUGUUCUACAAUAAUAAAGAUCAAAUGUAACAAUAACCUAGCCUUAUAACUACACGCUGAGUUGAAAUGAUAUAUUAUUUUUAUGUUCUGUCUUUCUUUGUAAAUUUAAGAGAGAUACAUACAGCAAUAUAUAAUUAAGACAAUGAGAACUGUAUUUGUCAGGUAAUACAGCAUGUAUUUAAUAUCAGUGAAUGUAAGCUUAAAGGUGACAUGAUUGUAGCUGAAUAAAGCUAACUCAAAUCCCUUGGUGACUUUACUUAAUCUGUCAUAUAACUCAUUCAACUAAAUCUGUAGCUAGCAUAAUUGGGCCUCAUUUAACUAGACCUGCCGGAAUGUUGAUGCACUUUGUAUGUUUAUGAUCCAUAGACCUAAAAGCCAGAGUAUGUGGUUUCAGGGUAUAGAAAGUAAUUAUAGGGUUGUUCUUCUAGACCCAUCUGCUUAGAAUUACAGAGCACUUCUAAUCCUCAGUAUAACCUUGAGACAAUUUGGAGCCCGUAGAGAGAUCAAAACAACAGCUGCCAAAAAAAGAUGAAAAAGAGAAACAAUUCAGUGUUUUAUCAAAGGCUAAUCUGGUUUGUUGGGAUUUUUUACACAUACUAUUUAUCAAAAGACAAACUGAAACAAGCACGUGAAGAAUGACAAAGGUCCAAUAUGUAACCAGAACCCUUUUUGUUCGUUGCACAGUAUUAAACAUAUUUAACAGGAAGCUGCAUUAAAAAGUGUGCGUCUUUAUGUAUUCAUUUCGAUCUCUGUCCCUUUUUAAACACAUUUCCAAAAGCAACAGUGGUCUAUUUUAUCUUAACGCCAUUCUUUCUGCAGGCCUUGUAAGUCUUAGUAAGAAUUGAAAUUGGCUUCCAGUGGUUAAAGGGGGGAAACGGUGUAUACCCAUAUUUUUAAUGCAUUCUGUAGGUAAUGCAUUAUAAAAGAAUGCAAAAAUAAUAAAAUAUUAAAAAGAAAAAAAAUAGUAUUUUCUAAGAUCCUGAUAAUGGAUAGGGAUGUUAGAUAAACUGAUUGCAGCUUCUGGUAAAACCAUGGCCAAAUAAAGUGUUUUUUAUUCUGAUAUCUGAGGUCUGAGCUUAUCCCAUAAAGCCAAGUCCACCAGCAGAUGAUAGGAUAAGUAGUUUAUCCCCCAGCUGUAACAGUAAUUGGAACUGCUCUACAAACUGAUAGCCACUGCAUCAUAUCUUUUAUAUAUUUAUGCAGGGUCAGGUUCACAGUAUUGUGAAAUGGCUUUGCACAGAAGUACCACCAGGGGUGUAACUUUUGGCACUCCUGAUGUUGUAGGCGAUAUCUCAUGUGAGAUGAGGUCCAAAAUAAUCUCGAGUGCCGAAUGUUGCUGACCCUUGAGUCCUAUACCAUAACUUUUAAAAUAACAAAUGAAGUGGUUAUGAUGCUUUGAGAACCCUGCUUUUUCUCACAACUUCCAUGCUCACUAAAACUGUCUUUACCAGUAUUCACUCUAACACCUAGGAAACCAGUCAUGGGCAUUAUAUUGAUUAAAACAAACUUUAAAAUUAUACAAUGCUGGUGUACAAUAUGCCAUAAGAUAUGUAAAAUAUCCCAUGAUUCACUGCAUGUUGUCGUGGACACAUAUACGCGCAUUUUUGUUGGGUUAUGACGUGAGCUAGGUUGAGCUGAUCCCGAGUAGUUUGUUUUCAUUAAACCCUACUGCACACCUCACCUCACUUCAAUAGCAGAGCUGUCACCAAAAAAAAGUGCUAGUGUUUGUGUCACACAGUGGGAUUUAAUGCAUGGUGCCAAGUAUAUAAUUGGUCUAUGGUAAAAAUCCUGAGGAAUCCUAGUUUAUCCACUUGAUGAAAUGAACUAUUUGUGCUGUGAUAGUUUAAUGUCCGUUACUUAGAUUGUUUCAGUUGUGAUUGGGGAGAUGACAUCUCUUGGUACUUUGUUUACUGUUGGACUACAACUCCCAUCAUACUCCAUCUCCCAGGGCCAUCUAGAGCACAUGUCUUAAGACUAGCAUCCAAUGUGAACCCAGGUCUAUAGUACAGACUCUACUUGCUGUAUGUGGUCAUUAUGCCCACUUACAUGUGGAGGCUGGUGCAUAAGUGUAGGUGAGACAGAACCCUCAGUGUUUUGAGGCAAGAAAACCCCAAGUAAUUUAUUGUUAUGGUGUGGACUAUAAUGCGUGUGUUUUUACAAUAAAUAAACAUGUUAUGUCUGUCAUGAUUAUAUCUUCAGUUUUUCCCCCCCCUAUUUUAACCCCUUAAGGACCAAACCUGGAAUAAAAGGGAAUCAUGACGUCACAUGUCAUGUGUCCUUAAGGGGUUAAUUGAUGACUGCAGAUGCUGCUGAAAGACUGAGCAAACAAUUGUGUCGUGAUAUUGAAACAUUUCUGACGGAAGACAUAUCAAUAAAACAUAUUUUCUGGGUAUAUAGCCCUCUGACUUGCUUAGUCUGCUCUAACCUGAGGUCUGACUUAGUGUACCAAUUGGCUUUGCAUUGGGCUAGAAGCCCUAAAAAACAGGCCGGUUUAUAGACCUGACACCUAGGUCAGGUCUUUAGGCGGAAUCAAUCUCCUUUAACCCCUUAAGGACCAAACUUCUGGAAUAAAAGGGAAUCAUGACAUGUCACACAUGUCAUGUGUCCUUAUGGGGUUAAACUGGCGGUUGUUUCACAAAUAUUUCUAUCCAUAGAUUUAUGGCGUUUAUAGGUUUAUGACAUUCAAAAGGGCAUAACCUCUUAAUGAGUCAGGGGUUGAGUACAUGGGGUUGUGGGCAGAGUCCAAAAUGUUAGGGGCAGACAAGGCUGAGAGGUGGCGAUUGGGGGCAUUUGACACCUGUCAUCAGCAUGCUAUGUGUGCUGAUGAUGGACAUCCAAUAUGCACUAAAAUGACUCCCCAUUAAUGCUGCCUGAAGUGAGUUCCACCUCAUCAGUAGAUGGGUUAAACUCUGCAUUACAUAGCCAAACAAUGAACUUCAAAUCUGUGAAAUGGUCAUGGUGCUUGGAGUAACACUCUGCCUUCACUGCCACAUGCAGACAUUAUUAUGUUAAAGGGACACUAUAGUCACCUGAACAACUAGCUUAAUGAAGUAGUUUUGGUGUAUAGAACAUGCCCCUGCAGCCUCACUGCUCAAUCCUCUGCCAUUUAGGAGUGAAAUCCCUUUGUUUAUGAACAAAUAUGUUACUCUUCAAAUAGUAAUAUAUCUGCAUAGUGAGUUAUUGUUAAUGGGACAGUCUGAACUCUAAAAAAUUUUUAUUUUAUCUUAAUGAAGUGAUUUGGGGGCACAUAUGCUGCUGUUGUAAAAAGUGCAGUUUCCGAGAAUUGAGAUUUCAACACCACACCUCACCACUCUGUCAUAAAGUCACAAGGGGCGUCCAACACAAUUAGAAAUACUAAAAUUUAUAUAUUUAACAUAUGUUGCUGGCAUCUGUGUGCAUCCAGUGCUUCUUCAUGAGAAUCAACGCACUCACUCACUAAACACCAACCUCUAAGCUCACAAAAUGUAAUCGUGUUUUUUAAAACACAAAUGAAGGUUUAGUCUCAGUAUAUGAUUAUACAUAGAAUAAGCAUUUCACAACGCCGAUGUACCCCAUUUUUGGCAAGUCCUACUCUAGCUACCUAAUGCCUGUCUGUUCUUUUAACAUUAAACCACUUACUUGGGAAAUCCAUCCUCCUGGGACUCUCUGCAGAGCAAGGUUAAAUAGGGCCCUGGAAUGAGGCACCUGUGACAGGGAGGAGUGCCAAACCCGGGGAGUUGGUCUGGACUCCAAAUUUAAAAUGAUAUGUAUAUAUUUGAAACCAGGAAGGCUGCACUCACCUGUAUAUACAUACAUACAUUAUAAGGGUGCUGUUGGAAUCAACUGAUACAAUUUGCAGAACCCAGCGCAUUCACCAAUAUAUAAAAAUAACGCAAAACAGAAUUAUUCAAAUCUCUUUGCUUUUACCACACCCAAUAUGGAAAAGUUGAUUUGAAGAGAUAUUGCAAGCCAACCUUCCCCCACCACACACACACACACACACACACACACACACACACUCUAUAGUGUUAUUGUUUAAUUACGCACAGCUCUUCUGGUGCUGUGGGCUCAGGUUUUUUAGAUGUUUGAAUGUUUAUCACUGUUACAUACUGAUGAGCAGCCUGUAAAAUGUACUACAGUACAUUUUACAGGCUGCAGGUCGGAUAUGAAUCAAGAAAUUUCUGGCACAGCCAAGGUACACCUUGCAAAUGAGAAGAAAAAUCAAAGCAUUGUUACCUUGCUACUAGUGAUGUCCCGAACGGUUCGCCGUGGACGGCAAACAUAUGCGCUGUUCGGUCCGCCCCCUAUUUGUCAUCAUUGAGUAAACUUUGACCCUGUACCUCACAGUCAGCAGACACAUUCCAGCCAAUGAGCAGCAGACCCUCCCACCUCCUGGACAGCAUCCAUUUUACAUUCAUUGUGAAGCUGCAUUCUUAGUGAGCUGUCCAGGAGGUGGGAGGGUCUGGGAGGGAGGGUCUGCUACUGAUUGGCUGGAAUGUGUCUGCUGACUGUGAGGUACAGGGUCAAAGUUUACUCAAUGAUGACAUAGGGGGCGGACCGAACAGCGCAUAUAUUCGCCGUCUUCGGCGAACCGUUCGGGACAUCACUACUUGCUACUAUUCUGUGUAUGGUUUCUGUAUGCUGGUUGCCAGAUGCAUCGAACAGAACUAAUAACAGUGAUUAACAGGGAAUUAAGAUGGAGCUGCCCAGUUGCAGAAGGUGUACUCAUUUUUCUACAUUCACAUUUAUUUCUCACAUCUCUAUGAUAUGUUUGCUAGAGAGAGUGGUCAGCAUAAUAUUAAAAAUUCUGAGAAGUGACAAGACCAUUAUUUUCACACAACCUCAAGGUCAAUACCCUGAGAUCUGCGACCUGCAUGUUUUACUUUGUUUUUCUUUUUUUGCACAGUGGUAAUGAUGAUAGUCAUAUGGAAUUACAGAAAACCUGGGGUAUGUUAUACAUUGCCAACAAACUCUCCCAAACCGGCUCCAAUAAAGGUAGCACCUCUGCCAUAUGCAUCAGCUUUUCUGUUGACUUCCGAAUUCAGGUUCUUUUUACAUUACAUUAAACACAGCUUGCAUAAUACGCUUCUAGAACUUCUUUACCAUUUCACAUUUUAGUAUCAGGAAACUUCCUCCGUAGCAAACAGAACAUGUGGAAAAAGCCACGGAAUAUUCUAUCACUGUUUACCAUGUUACCAUCCCACAUCACUCGUUUGCUUUGUAUGGGAAAUUGCAGGUGUCUGGAAACAGACCCACAUCCUAGUAUCCCCAGACAAGUUGUUUAUGUUUGAAAGCGUUAUUUUCAGGUCACUUGUCCUUGAAGUGUUUGCUGUUUCACAUGCGGGUCAUUGAAAGACAAAACAGUGAUACAAUGAACUAAAUAAGGUGUCUAGAGAAAUCUGUCUGAGAUAGCUGAAGGCAAAUAUGGUGAAAUGUGACAAAUGAAACUGCUAUUUACAUACUUUAAGGAGAAAAUAUCAUGAACAAUAGAAUUUUUGUUUGGUACCUUUAAAUGUAUGGCCAUGCCAUGGAGUCCAUGAUUAAAAAGCAAACAUAAGUGACAGAUGUAUUCUGUUUUUUGGGGGGUUUUUAUUGUAAUUUAUUGACUUGGACUCAUGGCAUGUACUGUCCCAUGUUGUUGUGUUUUUUUGUUUUUUUUUCAAUACACCUAAUCGCCCCCAGGAAGGCCACCCUCAGAUCUCUUACUAACAUAUUGCAGUAUAGAAAUUAAUUUGUUUGUCGCAAAGACUAUAUUUUAUAACCCACAAAGAGGGGGAAAAAAGGCUUUGUAGGGGCAAGAGUUACACAUUUUGUGACACUAACAGGAUGUUCUGAAAGGUCCAGUUGUCUAUAAUAAUCUACCCUAAAGAUAGGUUUAAUUAUCCAAAUAGGAUGUUUUUACCAAAUUUUACAUUUUUAUUCACAAAAUUAUAGACCAAGAUCGUUAAGACUAUAUAUAUAUAUAUAUAUAUAUAUAUAUAUAUAUAUUUAACCCCUUAAGGACCAAACUUCUGGAAUAAAAGGGAAUCAUGACAUGUCACACAUGUCAUGUGUCCUUAAGGGGUUAAACAGGAAAAAAAUUUAGUGUUGCUAUUUUGGCCUUCCAAACUCUCUUUAGUGAGCUAAUCUAUUCUUAAAUUACUCUUGACUUGCAGAGUUAUUCACUCAAGUGUGAAUAGAAAGUGACUUUCAGAUUUUAAGUUAAAAUAAACACAUUGAAAACAUAACUGAAUUAAAAACUUUUUGAAUUCAGCAAUUGUGGACUCAAAUCUGAAAAUCACUUUGAAUUUACUUUGAUUUGCUUCUGUCCCCACCUUUGUGAUUAACCCUGCAUUCAUCUCCUGUACUAGUCUUUAAUACACACGUCAGUGCUGUCAGAGUUAUUUACUAAAGGGAGAAUUCAAAUUUAAGGCCAGACUAGCUGAACUUAAAUCUUUUACUGACUUAGAGAUGUUUUCCUGUUCAGCUAGUUUGACCUUCAUUUUGUAAUUCACUUGGACUUUCCUCUGUUGAAUAACCCUGUAAAGAAUUAUCAGGAAUUCAAAGUGAAUUUCACAUUUAAAGCCAAAAUAACUGAAAUGAAAGCAUAGAUGACUUAUAUAAUUUCUCCAAUUGGCUAUUUUGUCCUUAAAUUUUAAAUUCACUUUGAAUUCCUGACAAUUCUCAUUUUAGUGAACAAUCCUGCAUAUCAUCCUCUACAAGUGUGUUUAUGUUUAAUAUAUAUAUAUAUAUAUAUAUAUAUCUAUAUAUAUAUAUAUAUAUAUAUAUAUAUAUAUUGCAAACACAAAUUGCAAUAGUGGAAAUGGUUGUAUAAAACAUACAAUUAACUCAUAUGGGUAUUUUAAACAUAACGUUGAUACAAUUCAAUUUUAAACAACUUUGAUAGAAUUCAAACCAAUUUAGUAAGAGCAUUUCCAGUGCAUAUUUAUGGAUCCACUUAGUAACCUUUUUGAGUUUCCUUGAAUGAUUCAGGUAAGACAGUUUAUGCCAGGCCUCAUCUGUAUUAAUAUAUAAUUGGGUGUCCAACACUUCCUACUGUCCUUUAACUCUAUUUAAACUACCAAUGGUCUACUGGCCCUUUUAACGCUUUCAAUUUUGAUAUCACGCUAAAUCCAAACAAAUCUAUCACUUCUUCCUCUUUCUCUGACCAUAAAAAGUGGAGGAAGGAGAAUCCAAUUCACUAUGUAAUAUAGUAGCAAGAGGACUGGGUGGAGUGGACUAUCUUGGCAAUGAAAAAGGUGAAUGUUAGACAAUCAGGGCUGGGGGCAGGCGUUGAAGCCAAUCUCAAUAGCAGAAAUGAAUUCAAUCAGGGCAGUAGAUUGAGUCAAGGGGAUCUGAAGUGAUCCACGUAUGCUUCAUUGGUCUUCCCUCAGAUAUUUUCAUGUAGAUAGCUAGAUAUUUGAAGCCAAUUUCCACUUUUAAAGUUUAUCACCUGAUUAUAAGUCUAACAGAGUAUGCACUAAUUUGAUAGUCUUUAAAGGACCACUAUAGGCACCCAGACCACUUCAGCUUAAUGAGGUGGUCUGGGUGCCUGGUCCAGCUAGGUUUAACCCUUUUUUUCAAUAAACAUAGCAGUUUCAGAGAAACUGCUAUGUUUAUGUUCGGGUUAAUCCAGCCUCUAGUGGCUGUCUCAUUGACAGCCGCUAGAGGGCUUCUGCGUUUCUCACUGUGAAAAUCACAGUGAGAAGACGCCAGCGUCCAUAGGAAAGCAUUGUGCAUGCGCAUUCAGCUGAAGAGGAGGAGGAGAGCUCCCCGCCCGGCGCUGGAGAAAGAGGUAAGUAUAACCCCUUUCUCCCCCCAGAGCCCGGCGGGAGGGGGACCCUGAGGAUGGGGGCACCCUCAGGGCACUAUAGUGCCAGGAAAACGAGUAUGUUUUCCAGGCACUAUAGUGGUCAUUUAAAGGGAUCCUAUAACAAACCCGUUUUCCUGGCACUAUAGGGUUAUUAGUUUCCCCCCCUCCAUCGGAGCCCCCCUCCCACGGGGCUGAAGGGGUUAACCACUUACCUGAAUCCAGCGCUGAUGUCGGCCUGCGGGGGAGACCUAAUGCUUUCCUAUGGGGAAAAUCUGACGAUGGAGGUCCGUGAGGACGUCCAGCAUUAGAUAACCGACCAAAAGGUCGGUGUGGAUUUCGGAAGCCCUCUAGUGGCUGUCUGUUAGACUGCCACAGAGGGCAUACUUAGAGCUGCAAUGCACUAAGUGCAAAAGGGUCACAGCACCUAGACUACUUUAAUGAGCUGAAGUGGUCUGGGUGCCUACAGUGUCCCUUUAAUCUAGUCUUUGGGAGCUCCGCUGAUAUUUUGCUCAACUAUAAAAUGAUAAAAAAAAAAAAAAAUGCUGUUUUUAAGAGGACAAUCUUAAUAUUGUGUUUAAUUAUUCUUAUAUUUAACUAAUAUGUAUUUGUGAAGUAUAAACAAUAAAAUGAAAGUAUUGAAAUCCGCACUUCUUUAAUCUUCAACUGGGCUGCCUCUAUCUUAGCUCUCUGUUAAUCCUUGUUCUUGACACCUGUAAGAGAGCAUAUAUAGAGAAAAGAGGAGAAAUAAAAUAGUUUAUUUUUCUCUUCUUCAUUUGAAAUAUUUGCUCCAGCUUUGCCUUCUCUGAACUGGAUAAUUAUAUCAUCGAACUCUAAAAUGAAAUGUAGCAUCUUAUGAUGAAAAAAAAUGUUAAAGGACCACUAUAGUGCCAGGAAAACAUACUCAUUUUCCUGGCACUAUAGUGCCCUGAGGGUGCCCCCACCCUCAGGGACCCCCUCCCGCCCGGCUCUGGAAAGGGGAAAGGGUUAAAAACUUACCUUUUUCCAUCGCUGGGCGGGGAGCUCUCUGCCUCCUCUCCUCCUCCGAUCCUCCUCCUGGGCUGAAUGCGCACGCGCGGCAAGAGCUGCGCGCGCAUUCCGCCCGUCGCAUAGGAAAGCAUUUACAAUGCUUUCCUAUGGACGCUUGCGUGCUCUCACUGUGAAAAUCACAGUGAGAAGCACGCAAGCGCCUCUAGUGGCUGUCAAUGAGACAGCCACUAGAGGGAAUAGGGGGAAGGCUUAACCCAUUAAUAAACAUAGCAGUAUGUUUAUUAAUAGGGCUCUCUUUACAGGAAGUGUUUAUGGAAGGCUGUGCAAGUCACAUGCAGGGAGGUGCGACUAGGGUUCAUAAACUCCUAAAUGGCAGAGGAUUGAGCAGUGAGGCUGCAUGGGCAUGUUCUAUACACCAAAACUGCUUCAUUACGCUAAAGUUGUUCAGGUGACUAUAGUGUCCCUUUAACACAAAUUAUAGGUGACUGCCAGUGUUUGAUUUAAUGGUAUACAUUUAAACAGGGAAACAUGUCAGGUGCAGUUGUGAGUCCUAAAAUGUAAACAUUGAGAAAAUAACUGCAGCACUACAGAGCUGGCAAUCGAUAUUGCGUAUUAAAACUGGGUAGUAACAUUAAGCACAUUUGUGGGUUCAUCAUAUAAAAAAUAAAAAUAUUUGAUCAACACUGCUGUUAAAAAUGAGAAUGCUAACAUACGAUUAGAGGCAUGAACAAGGUUUGUCUUUGUAACCAAAAAAAAAAAGAAGAAAAGUUAUAGAAAAAAAAUAUUUUCUACAUGCUUUGAAGCCAUUGAAUCAGCACCAUUGAUAAGAUGACCGUUUCUUGCCCGAAGCCAGUAGUUGAAGCUUUCCGGGUAUAUAGAUCAUGCCCUUUAGUCAGACUGUAUCUUUUGUUAGAAGCAGCCAAACAAACGCCAAUUAGCACAUAAAAGCUCUGAGUGAGAUGUUUCCUCCAUCAAAAGUGCUGAGCUGUAUGUGGAUUUUUUCCAGACAAAACAUUACUUUGUUCUCUGUAUCAGUGCAGAUCUUUUUUAGAGAGAACUUGAGACAGAGAUGUGUUUUGUGCCUUUCAUCUUUCAUCUCUUGUCAUUUUCAAAUAUAGCGGUCCCUUAAUAAACAAAUAAACAUCUUCUUGGCUAAAAACAGCAAACCUACAAGAUAAGUCACUUCUAGCCUGUGAGUUCUACAGAGUCACCAAACAUUUACCACAUCGCGACCCUCCAUUUAACCCCUUAAGGACCAAACUUCUGGAAUAAAAGGGAAUCAUGACAUGUCAUACAUGUCAUGUGUCCUUAAGGGGUUAAAAACACACACCAUGAAAGCUAGAAUUAAUUCAAUGUUUCCUAAUUCUUCUGGAUCAUUUCACCAGCACCUUAAAAGGAAAAAGCAUCAAAUUUGUGGGGAAGGGCUCUCUGCUGGUUUUAAACAUUUCAGCAUAAUGUCCUGUAUUCAUUUAAGUUGUGAGGCACUUUCAUUCAUGUAUUAAAUUAAACUAUGUAUCAGGAUCUACAGUGAGAUAUAUAGCUUUCAGUAGAUAUCUGACAGCUAAACUUCAUAUCCUGAAAAUUUCUGCUUCUCAUGAUUCAGGUGUAUGCAUAGUGCUAUGAAUGGAAUUAAUGGAAGGAUCGAAGGCUCAGGAAUGGCUGAGUUAUCUCAGUCUCACCCUGUUGUCUGCAGAUUGAUGUUGUUUGGGCCAUGGAUCUCAAAAGGCUUUCACUGAACUAGAUACUUGACCUUACCGUGGUCAGUACAGCAAGAGUAAUAGUAGAUGAAAUAAACAAGAGUACAUCUUAAAUACUACUACAAGCAUGCUAAAGAGUGGACAUCCUAUUCUUAGUUUACAUGCAAUUCACAUGCAGCUGACUCUAGAUAGGCAAAAGAUAAAUGAGAAAAACUGGAUUGCUAUAUCUGCUCAUGGGUUUAUUUCCAGCAACCACAGACUACAUGUGACAUGUAGAGGUAUCUGGGUAUCCAUCAAUCCAGUGGGAGGGUUUGUUGGAAAAUCCUUUAGACAAAUGUCAGAAAUGUGAGACAGGAACAAAAUACAAAGGGUAUCUAUAAUCACACAGUGCGCAUGGUGGGUGCGGUAUUAUUAGAUAAGAUGUAGGAUUAGUUCCCCUUUAAUUCUGCUGAACUCUUUUCAUAUAUAUAUAUAUAUAUAGCUGGGUUCUUGCCUAGAGGGGAGUAAGGCUUUUAAGGCCAUAAAACACACUGUACAUCAGUGAACUGUUUCAAAAGUCAGUCUUAUAGCAUCAAUUAUAGUAAUUACAAAAUAAUUCUUAAUCUGGGUGUUCGGUGAGCUCAUCUGUAAAAAAUAAGUAAGAUAUUAGAGCAUACAGAUAUCAACAGAUAUCAACAUUGUUAUCCUAAACAGUUCUCCAAACGUAUCAGUCAUUUGGGAGAAUGUACCAAGCUGUGAUAAACUGAAUUCAUUUUACUCUGAGAAUACUCUACUCUACAGCAGGGAUAGAGAUGCUGCGGACUACAUCUCCCCUGAUGCUUUGAUAGCAUUAUAGCUGCAAGAGCAUUAUGGUAGUUGUAGUCCUCAACAUCUGGAAUGCUGAAGGUUCCCGACCCCUGCUCUACAGGUUGUUCUUCAGUCCCUGUGUUUUACUCAUUAUGUUCACUAACAGAGGACAUUUUAUAAGCUUAUCAUACCUAUAUUGUGAUAUAUUGACCUGUCCAUUAUUUUUAAAAAUUAGGAUGCAAUGCUUCUGUUGCCUCCUGGGUGACAAACCAUGUAAAGCUGAAGACUUCUGAUCAUAAAUAUAUGUGAAACCUGUCGACUUCUACCAUGGAUUAUACUUAGUAUUGGAAUUCUAUUAUUUACCUCUGAACAUAACCCCACUUAGAAAAUAUACUAGUGGCUACGCAAUACUACAUCAUCCACUAAGCCACCCCAACCCUUUCAACCUAUCAUUCCCAUCCAAAUUACACAAGCUAUUGUGGACGUCCACUACCGUGUUAUCUGACCAACAGCAGCAAGGCUAGGUUGACAGCAUCUUCUUGAGAGUCCUAUUUUUUGUAAUACCACUCAAAAACAGUUUGACAGAAAAUGGGGAGGGCUGUACUCACAGACCCAGUCUACCUUAACAGCUACAGGUAACUGCAGUGGUGAUGGUGCUCUUUUAAAGUGAACCUGUCACGAGAAGUUCACUUAAAUUCUUUGUUUCCUAAUGCAGUCAGAUUUAUCAUAGUGAUGUAUGAAAAAAUGUACUGCUAAAGGAGAUUUUAAUUAAGACUGAUACUUAAUCGAUGAGAGGGGUAAUUUGUAUACAUUUACAAUAUUUUUCUGAUAUUCUGCUAGCAGAAUAUAUAAAUUAAGUUUCAUUUACCUUUUUUGGGGGGGGACGUUGUAUGUAUACAGGUAUACUUUAAGUGUACUCUCUUAGAUAGAGUUUCAUAUCUGUCUCUGCUCAGUAAUCAAGUCUGCAGAAUCAUUCUUUCUAUUUUCUCCCCCUCACCCCCCGAGGGUUGUUCCAUGGUGGCUGCUGGAAUGGCCAUUUCAAGGAGAGUCAUUCCAAAAUCUAACAGAGCCCACUAUAAACUGUAUAUAUUAUUUUUUUUAAAGGGAAUGCAAAUGAAUGUCUCAUAGUCUGCUGAAAACCAUUAUUGUAACACAUGUUUACUUUUGUUAUAUAUAACAUGACAUGUUGGGUAUUAUAAAUAAAACAGUACGGUAAUGGUUACAAAUCCUGCUGUUUCAUGAUAGUGGACAAUUUAUUUUCUCUUUAGAAUUUAUUUUCAUUUUUUUUUUCAAUAUUAUAGACUUGGGUACACACACACACACACAUACAUACUUACAUACACACACACACACACACAGAUCUAUAAAUGGCAGCAGCUAGUUAACAGGAUGUAGCGGUUCUGCUCAUGUUACAACACUUUCAUUUUCAGAAAGACUCAUUUAUUAUAAAUGUAAGUAUUGGAAACCACAUGAUACAAAUUUCUGUGCUGUCACUUUUUAUUUUUGUUAUUUCUGUGAUGAUUUCCAACAAACAAUGAACCCUUUCAUAUUACUUCAUCGAGAUUGCUGCUUAUUUGCACGAAUCCAGAUUUGACACAGAUUUUUCAAAAGAACAAAAAAACUUUGGGAAAAAAAUCUGUAGAACCAGAGCUAUUUUGGCUACAGAUCUAACACAAAGAGAAAUACACAAUUUCUGUCUGUCUGUUUAAUAUAUACAGGUAUUCACUUUUUACAUAAUCUAUUUAAUUAAUUUUUUUAAAAAUGAUGGUGCUUAAAUAAUUAACAAAUGCAUAUCAUGUUUACAAAUAAAUGACAGAUUUGUAAAAUGGAUUUUAGAAUACAUUCAACACACCCAUUGCACCGCAUAUAACACUAAUUUGAAAGAUUUAAAUGAUCUUCCACUCAGGAAGGUGAGAUCUAAGGGUGGGCCAGUGAUGUGAUUGUGCCACUGGUUCUGUCCAAACGGGGCACACGAUGGGAGGGGUGUUUGUUCGAUUUACUUACAGGUGAGCCUGAUGUAAAUGUAUGUCAGGCUGCCUACCAACCAAGUAGGCCUGCCCACUGAUGGAGCACUAUGCAGAGAGCAGCACGUCCGUGCUCUCUGCAGAGUCCUAGUGUUCUGAGUGCAGUUUGAGAGCUUCUAAUGAUACACUUUUUGGAGAGAGUUCCCUGGUGUCUUGCUUUGAUGGGAAGCUGAAAAUCAUGAUGAUCAUGAAUCAUGAAAUCGGGAUGGUUGUGAGGCAUGCAGGUAGACAACAUUUUUAUUCUUUUGUCUUUCAUUCAGUAUAUUUCUGUGUCCAGGUAUACCAAUAUACUUUAAGGUCAACUGUUAAUCUGCCACCAUUUACCUCAGCCUCCGCUCUCCCACCACAAUCUCAUUUAGUUCUGAAAAAUGUUAAGUGACUUGCUAAUAGCAAGAACAAUGUAUCUUAUCCACACAGUUUAUAUCCAUUGAAUGGUAGAGGCUCCUAGCAAGUUUAUGCAGCUUUUUAGCUAUUUAAAGGGACACUGUAGGCACCCAGACCAUUUCAGACCAUUGAAGUGGUUUGGGUGCCAACUCCCAUCAUCCUUAACCCUGCAGGUGUAAUUAUUGCAGUUUUUAGAAACUGCAAUAAUUACCUUGCAGGGUUAAGUCCUCCUCUAGUGGCUUUCUACCAGACAGCCACUAAAGGGACUUCCGGCUUCCUAGACGACUUUUGGUCAUCUAAACGACACUGGACGUCCUCACGCUGUGCAUGAGGACCUCCAGUGCUGCCGGAACCCCUAUAUAAAAAUAUUGAAUAAUGCUUUCAAUAAUGCGUGCGGCUAUUUCCGCGCAAGCACAUUAGGUCUCCCCCACUGGCGGAAGUCCGCGGGUGAGGAGCGUGGGCGGAGCAUGACCCAGUGCUGAGGGAUAUCGGCGCUGGAUUCAGAUAAGUGACCGAAGGGUUUUUAACCCCUUUCAGUGACGUGGGAUGGGGGGGCGGGAGGGAUGGGGGCACUCCCUGAUUAUACAGUGCCAGGAAAACGGGUUUGUUUUCCUAGCGCUAGGGAAUCCCUUUGAUUCCAUGAGAUGUCGAUAUUGACCUGAUACUGGUAGUUAUGGGUUAAUUAUGUUAGAGUUUUUUUUUUUUUGCACUAGUAGUAAUUAAUACACUGUAAUGCCUUUUGCUAAAUGAAUACUUUCAGAUUUAGAACAUAAAUAUAAGAUGCUGCAAAGAAUUUCUGAAUCUCUCAUUAGAAAACAAACUUAUUUAUAUAGAGAUAAACAUAUUAUCCAGUUCUGUACAAUAGCCAACACAAUACAAACAAUGAAUUACAACAAAACACAUUUGACAUACAAGAACAGUAGGUGAAGAGGGCUCAACCAAACAUAUUUACAAAUGGUAAUUAUGUGCCUUAGGUAUUCUAAUGCAUACACUAAUUGAAAUGCUGACUUCUUUGGAAACACUGUAAUGUCCAGCUGGGUGUCUUGGUUCAAACUGUACUGGUGCCUUUAAGUGUCAAAUUCACAUACUGCUGCUGGCUAUAUUUAUUCAAGUUACAAAACAUGACUCAAGACUCUGGUGGGACUCCCUUAGAUGCUGUCUCUAUGGCAUGGUAAUUUAAGUAUAUAGUAGCCUCAUUUCCCCUAGGCUGUAUUCCUGACAGCAGGAACACAGAGAAUAGCACAGGCAAAUGCUGUACAUGAUACAGGAGUAGUAAAAAUACGCUAGGGUAUUCUUAACAUUGCUAGUUAUCUGGUAACAUUGUACAGAAUAAGUAAUAUUACAGCUGAAAGAAUGGUGGAUGUUAUAUUAGGAAAAUACUUUGCAUAAAAAUACCUAGAACAACAUUUGGUCUUAGAAGAAACUUGUUAAUGUGUACACUUAAAGAGCAGGAUAGUGCAAAUAUACAUCCCCUUAAGUCACCCGUGUGUCUUAUCUUUUCCUGUACUCCUUCUGCAUUUAUAAACAUUCUUAAGGAGCUACUCGGAGCACCAAAACAACUUUAGCUAGAAGGGACAAUAUAGACAGCAAAACAACUUUAGCUUAAUGGAGCAAUUUUAGUGUAGAAAUCAUGCCCUGCAGUCUCAUUGCGUAAAUCAUCGCAAUCCGCGUGCAGAACAUCUAUAGGAAAGCAUUGACAAAUGCUUUCCUAUGGGCGUUUUUAAUGCGCAAGCGGCUUUUGCCGCGCAUGCACAUUCCGCUCCUCUCGGAGUGGGAGGAGAGGUCACCAGCGCUGAGGGAGCCCGGUGCUGGAUUAAAGUAAGUAGCUGAAGGGGUUUUAACCCCUUCAGCGCCAAGGGAGUGGGGCCCUGAGGGUGGGGGGGGAUAGUGUCUGGAAAACGAGUUUGUUUUCCUGACACUAUAGUGAUCCUUUAAAUCACUUUUGCUUCUGUCCAUACAGCUCUAGCCACACUUUCCCUGGCUGUGACUCACACAGCCUUCAAAAAUAGUUUUAUUUUCAAUCAGAUCUUAUAGUUCAGUUCGUUUAUUGCGUACUUUAGAAGUUAAAGUUUAAAAAUUUAAAUUAAACAUACCGUGCAAUAAAUGAAGUAAAAAAAAAAAAAUAGAUCUCUUUGAUGUGUUUAGGGAGGCUCCGUAAUGCAAAGGCAGAGUAGGUGUGGCUUGAGCUACAUAAACAAACUAAUUUAAAGGGAUACUUAAGGCACCCUAGUAGGCAAACUAUUUCAGCUCAGAAGUGGUCUGAAUGCAGUUUCCCAGUCCCGCUUAGUCCUACAAUGUAAAUCAUUGCAGUUUAUGAGAACCUGCAACAAUCACAUUGCAGGACUAAGACUGCCUCUAGCACUUCCUGCUUGCUACGGGACUUUUGGUGCAGUGUUUCCUUUUAAGCAAGAGAUCAUCGAUGGAUCAGGAUAACAGUGUCCAUAAUAACAUGUCACUCUGAACUCCAGAUACAGAUCUGCAGAGGAUGUUGCUGGGCCACUCAUGUAAACCUGAACAAUGAUAACAAAUAUGACUGUAUUUUCUCUUCUUUUUAAAGUUGGCACCGAGUGAACAGGCAUUAUAGAAAUGUUUUGGUCUUAGAUAUCUAUCUAUUCUGAUAAACAAGGUGAAGGAAUGAUAGGGUGGUAAAUACAUUGCCUAUGGUGAUUUUACAAAUGAAGAUCGAAAACCUGGCUUGAUAAAGGCUCAGUAUGAGUCGAAACGUUGCUGUACCACUUCCUGAAAUAAAUAAAUAUGGUGAUUUUACAGUCUGACUAAUUGGAAGAGUAUGUUCAAGUGCCACGUGCCUGUAUGGAAGAUGAUUUCCUUCAUUGUAGUUGCCUGGUGUAAGGAUGAACCUCAUCGUUACAUAUAGUUGGCUCCUUCAUUCAUCCCCUGGCACAGUGUCAGCUUGAGGCUUGUGUUUUUUCCUUAGGUGUUUGAUUUAAGAGGGCUCAAGAGACACUUCUCAGAAUGCACAGGGCAAGCUGAAAAUGGCACGUUGAGGGGUCAGGGAGAACAAUGCCAACAAGGUUCCAGUUUAUCUCUAAAAUAGUUUGUAUUAUUGAACAGCAGCAUUGUUAGUUGUGUAUGUGAGGCAAACAUGCUUUAAAUUUUAGACAAUUAGGCAAAGAAGUACCAACAGCACUGUAUGGAAGUAUGUAUUUCUGUGGUGGUUUAAAGAUGUGUUGUGCUUGAUUUUGCAUGGAGCUUUUUAGUGGUCAUUCAGCAUGAACAUAUGAGAUAAAGUGGACUACCUCUUUGUUCUGUGUGAACACUCCAAGCAAUAUCUGUUAGUCAUCUGCAAACAGCAAGAAAUGCAGAUCUGUGAAGUUUGGCCAAAGGACAAUUAAGUUUUCCCUCCAACAUUGAAUUAAUUCUUAAAUUUGCUAAAGCAAUUAUUAUUAAUUCAAAAUGCAAAACAAGGAAACUAAUCAGCUGAGUCAUUGACUGGUUUAUAUUAUGCAUUAAAAUGCUUGUAUAUCUAUAUUAUGGUAUUUAUUAAUUAAUUAUGUGUAUGGUGCAAGAAAAGACAAUUGGCUGCAAUUAAGCUAUUUGCAUCUAUAAAGAGUAUGGUAUUUUCCAUAGGUCUAAAAAUCCAUCUAUGUAGAUCUAGACACAUUGAGGACUCCUGACCGGGAGCUGGUGACUAUCCAACCGAGAGGUAUCUUAGUCUAUCCAGACUAAAAAGAUUACAGUUGUAAUUGCUGCUUUAGGACAGUAUAUGCAAGUUACACUUAAUUCAUGUUUUAGGGUAAAUUUACUGAUAUAUUUUUCUUGUUUUUCACAGGCUUUGGAGAAGGUUCUGCUCUCGUGUUACCAGAUAGUAGGACACAUACUCGAUCUCUAGAGAAGAGUGCGUGGAGAGCAUUCAAAGAAUCGCAGUGUCACCACAUGCUUAAACACCUUAACAGUGGAGCCCGUGUCACUGUGCAGAUGCCCCCAGUUAUCGAAGGUCAUUGGGUUUCUACAGGGUUAGUGGCCUAUGCAUAUUAUUUUAAUCUCAUUGGCCCAAAACUAAAUAAAAAUAACUUCUCUCUACUAUUGGAUACCAGUACACCAUAAAUACAUUUAGCAUGUUCAAGUAUUUCCUAUCUUACCUAAAGGUUAGCCUCCUGCUUAGUUUUUGUGCAAGGAACUCAAAUUAUAAUGGAGUGGCCAAAGUUAAAUCCUGAAGUGCAAAUUAAUUGAUACUUUGCCAUUCUGGCUGCCUGGGAGGUCUACCUUUUUGACCGUCUCUGUCCUAGAUUGUUCAGUUAUGGGGAUAAUUCUAACAGGAAUGUUGUUCUUUUGUUGGGACAAUUCUGUCAAGAAUGUUGUUCAUAGUCAGCGCCCUCCUUUUUAUAAAUUGGACUAAGGGUACCUGGGGAAUUCCAAUAGAGAAGGGUCAUGCACAUACUACUAAAGCAGAAAUGAUUAUAUCUAAUUCAGUAGUAAGAUCAGUACCCUUACUGAUAACUAUAUUUCUGCAGCUACAUUAUUAUGUGGUAUUAAAAUCAUUUUUAGACCCAUUUUCAGACAUGUUUUAUUUUAAUCUGUGUUCUCAAAGCUGUAGAUCUGGGAUUAAAACCAGAAUAAGCACAGUGUUACUUUAUAUACUUUAUGCUGUCAUAGUGUUUCACAUUUUACACGUGAUUUUUUUUUUCAUUUCACAAAAAUAUUUAUAUAUUUUUUUUAAACAAGAGUUCUAUGACGAGAUAUUGUGUAAUGGUGGUUUAUUUCAUACACUAUUUGUGCAAUAGAUUGAUGAAUAAAACACAUUUUAGUGUAGAUGUAAUUAAUUGGAAUUUAUUUGCUAAUUCCAGUGAGCAGAUUUUUUUUUUUAAAUCCCUAUUUCAUGAUCUAUUUUUGGAUAUAGCACUUAGAAUGUUUUAGUUAACAUACACCAAUGUAAUAUGGCUUCUGGUGAUUUCUCUUGAAGGUUGCAUGACACAGCCAAUAUAGGAUUGUAGACUAAGGUCCAAGAUGCUACUACCUCAUGUACGAUUGGUGGCGAUGCCACCAAAGACCAGUAUGUCUGAAGAAACAUGCUGCAGGGAUGAAUCUGAGUGGUUUGUCAUUUCUAGGGUGUUUCCAUCUAUGUUUAAUAAUGUUGCAUGUGGUCCCAGCCUACCAGCCAAUCAAUAUGCAAAAAGGCUGAACUUGGGCAGAGGCAAAAAGGCUGACUGAACAUCGUGUGAAUUGUGCUUAGCAAGCAUUUGCAGUGCCUGCUUGGUAAGCACAAUUCUUUUAGAUCACUCAAAUCAAAUAAUGCCAGAGUUGAACCACCAUUUUUCAUGACACUUUGACAGAUAUUCCCAGUUUAUAACAGGUAGUGGCAAAAAGGAAGAAAAGAAACACUGCCUAAAAGAUGUAGAUAUAAGUAUAAAAAAUAACCUUUAAUAGUGAACGAGAUACAAAAGUGGUUAAUUUGCACAUUCACUCUCGGUACAUCUGAGUAUUAGCAUACAGAGGCACCAAGAGAUAUUUGUGCAGAAUUGUAAGAUUUAAAAGAGAGACAAACAACACUUAAUUUAGUGAAGAUGUCGUUAAAAAAUAUAUAUCAAUUAUAUCUUACUGUAACAUUUGUCUCAUGUUACAGUUAGUAUAGAGUAUAAUGUUACAAUGAAUCAAGCUCUAACAGAUAUAUAUUGUCUGCAGCACUCUACAGAAUAUUCAUAUACAUAGAUUAGGAAACGAUUGUAGUUAGGAUAUAUGUCCUUUACUUGGGAGAGCACCUACUCUGGUUAGUUAUUAAUAUGUCACCCCAAGUUUAUAACAGGGUCUGUUAAAAGGUCUGUGUCUAGACACAUGGUAAGCAAGUAAAAUGAUCACUUGAGCAAUGGACCUCAUAAGACGUAAACACUUGGCAGAAGGUUAUAAAGACUUGACACACCUGUUCUAGAAUUGUCAGAGAUGUGAAUCCAUAUCAUAAUCGACUACACCUUCACCUGUCUGUGACAAAAAUGUGUGGACUCACUUUUCAACUCGAGCUACAUUCAUAGGGGUAUUUUUCUAGGGAGAAAUAAUGGAUUGUUUUGAUAAUCUUUUCCCUCAAACCACAGUUACGUUUUGUCCUUGAGUUUCACAUAGUUAUCAAAAUAACAGUGGGACUUUUGAGUAUUUAAGUCUGAAUUAUUAAUCACUAUACGAUUUCCUGUAAGUCUGGUAAUGUAAUACCUGCACUAAAACUUUACCAUAAUUUAACAUUGACGUUUGUCAUGUUUAUACUUUGUUAGCACAAGUGUGCAUCUUAAAGCUGAGCCAAAGUGACCACUGCUGUCAAAAUAUUAACCUACGUUGUCUGCAGUCCAACCACCAAACAAACAUGACACUGUCUGAACGAUUGCUCUGGUUUGAAGAUCAGUGUCCACUCCUGAAUUAGGGGAGCCUCCAGCCACAACAGUCUGUCUCCUGUUUCUUUGUGGUCUGGCAUGGAAUACACUAGGGAAACCUGUCUAUGGAGAGUUUCCUUGCUGUCUGGCUUUAAAAGUACUUGGCAAAUGUUCCCAUUCCUUUUGCAUUUAUAUUUAGAUCUAGAAUCUAGUAGACUCAUGCCUUAUGAAGCUAUAAUUCACAUGUUUUAAUUUUGUUGUCAGAGUGGGCUCUGUGAGGGUUUGGGAAAAUAGAACCCACCCUAUUAUGCUUUGUGGUUAAUAAUGUAUCUCAAAUUUUUAUUAAAAAAACCACACUGCCCGCAAGUGACAUACCGCUUGCUGGCUAUGUAAACACAGGUAUGUUGUGUUAAAUAUUUGAGAUAUUUGAGAUUGAUCAACAUGUUUGUAAAAGCCAAGGAGGAAGUUGUAUGUAUUAAUUAAAAAAAAAAAGAGAGAGAGAAUUUUAAGGAGAUUUUUCACUAUGGGAAAAAAAAUACAAGAAACACAACUCUGGGAACAUAGCUGUGCCACACACCUACUGGAAUAGUUUUGUCUUAUGAAAAAAAUAUUGAGAUCAGGAUGAGCUAAGUUUGAGCUUUUUAAGUAAUUUUUCAUAACCUUGUUUUAGAAUAGGCAUUUUAGAAGACUUGUCAGUGGCAGAUGAAACUUGGGAGCCUAGUUUAGGUAUUAUCUUGCCACCCCAGACUCAUCCCAUGUCUACCCAUCUUGAUCUUUUUUAGUAUAUGUGUCAAUCUAGUCACCUUUAAUUCUCCCCUUCCCACUAGCCUUGUAUUUUUCACUUUCAUUCUUCUUUUCUAUCCUUUCCUACUACCAGCCUUUUUUCCUCUCACUUCAUAUCCCAAGACUUAUUUUCUCUAUACCCCUCUAUCUAUAUUUUAACCCCUACCAAAUUUUCUGUUAGACAAUAGUCUCUGUUUUUUAACAAGACUAGUUCAGCAUAGACAUAUGGGGCAAGACCUUUCAUUGCAUUUCCUAAAAAAAAAAAAAAAAAAGGAGUCAAUUAUCAAUGAAAAACAAAACAAUGAAAACAAAAGUGCAGUGCAGCAAGAGAUCAGAUGAGGACAGAAAAAGGAAUUUAGUGUAAAAGAAAACAAGAUUGGUAGUGUAAGAUUUUAAUUGUGGCAUGUUCUUUAAUCCUCAAUCUUUUUCAUUGUAGAUGUGAAGUGCGAUCCGGACCAGAAUUUAUCACAAGAUCCUACAGAUUUUACAACAAUAAUACAUUCAAAGCAUAUCAGUUCUAUUAUGGAAAUGACCAUUGUACAGACCCUACUUACACUCUGGUUAUCUAUGGCAAAAUCCGGCUUCGCCAAGCUUCCUGGAUCAUCCGAGGUGGAACAGAAGCGGAUUACCAACUGCAUAAUGUGCAAAUCAUUCCUCACACUGAAGAAGUGGCAGAAAAACUUACCUGGACGGUAAACCAGUCCUGCCCCGACUUUGUCCCAGCUGAUAAACUCUUGGAAGUAGAUCUUGCCUACGAUUUGUGGAGAGAAGAAAAUGGUUUUAAGUGUGGUUUUAGGUGUGUGAAAGCUCUUAACUUUGCAAUGCAUGAGCUCCAGCUGAUCCGGGUAGAGAUACAAUAUAUGCACCACAAUUUGGACCAUUUAUUAGAGGAGCUAUUCCUAGGGGACAUUCAUACAGAUGCUUCACAGAGGCUGUAUUAUAGACCAUCUAGUUACCAGCCCCCACUACAAAAUGCCAAGGUAAGUAACUUAAUUCUUCAUACCAUUACCAGAUGUUUUUGUUCCUUACAAAACAAAACAAAACAACACUUUAUGGAAUUAUAGAUGCUAAAAGCAACCCUGUAUACUUUUUAUUUUAUUAAGGAUACCGAUUUAACCUUAACUAUAAAUGUCGAUAAUAAUCUAGACCUAAUUUCUCCCCCUAGAGGAAACACUGGAACUGUGUGUCGAGGACAGUUCUUGUUGGGUUAUGUGAGUACGGUGAAGUUAAAGGACCACUAUAGGCGCCCAAACCACUUCGGAUCAAUGAAGUGGUCUGGGUUCCAGAUCCCCCUAGUUUUAACCCUGCAGCUGAAAAAAUAGCAGUUUCCGAGAAACUGCUAUGUUUACACUGCAGGGUUAAUCCAGCUUCAAGUGGCUGUCAGGGAGAGGCACUUCUGCGAUUCUCAGUUUGAAAAUCACAUUAAACUCACACAGCAUGAGCUCAGAUCCCCAUAGGAAAGUAUUGAGUAACGCUUUCCUAUGGGUUGUUUGAAUGCGCACGCGGCUCUGGCCGCGCAUGCGUUUUCGGCUCCACUCGGGAGCUGACGUUGGCAGGGGAGGAGAGGUCACCAGUGCCAAGGGAGCCCAGCGCUGGAUUAAGGUAAGUGGCUGAAGAGGUUUUAACCCCUUCAGCCCAGCGGGAGGGGGGCCACGAGGGAGGGGGGUCUAAUAACCCUAUAGUGCCAGGAAAACGGGUUUGUUUUCCAGGCACUAUAGUGCUCCUUUAAUUAGAUCACUCUAUUCACAUUAAUAUAUAGAGAUUAUUAUUUUUAUCUUAAUGACAGGAAUCCUCUCCAGUCAACAGGUGUGUGCCAGCUAACAUUCCAUAACAGAAUACGUUUUGUUUAUCAUUGUCCUUAAAGCAAAUGUCUACACAGAACAAUGAGUGGGCAGCCCAACAGACAAUAAGACCUCACAUGUCCCUGUUAUCUCAACCUUAUCACUACCAUACCUUAUUUAUGAUGCAGAUUUUUUCAGUAUCAAUGUCAAAUGUUGCCAAAACUACAAGCAGACUGUGAGUCGCCAAAAAAGAAACCCCCAUCCCUUUAAACUUCAGGUAGAAGUAUUGUUCUCCUUAAAGGACCACUAUAGUGCCAGGAAAACAAACUAGUUUUCCUGGCACUACUCUCAGGGUCCCACUCCCGCCGGGCUGAAGGGGCAGGAAGGGGUUUAAACACUCCCCUUUCUCUGGCGCCGGGCUCCUUCGGCGCUGGGGACUCUCCUCCUCCUCAACCUUUUUGUUUAACGUAUUAUUUUUAUUCAUAUCUAUCGAUUUACUUUAUUUUCACCCAAUACAUGUUCCUUGUGAAAAAGCUACUACUAAAAUAAUAUAAAAUCUAGUUUUCUUAUACCUGGAAAAUACCAUAUGUACAAGAGGAACUAUUACAUCUGCUUUCCAUAUAUAUUUCUAAAUAUAUUCCCAUUUAUCCAACCAAACUACAGUAUGUUCAUCUUCAAAUAAAAAAGUUGAUGGGUUUUGGGUUUUUAUUUGGGGGUUUUUUUGCAUAGAGAUUAUUCUGUUGACAUUUCAACAAAAAAUCUUCAUUAACUCUACAGCCUCCCCCUCUGCACAAGACAAAGUCACCCUUGACUCAUAUACACCCUUAAUAUCUUGUCAAAAUGGGUGGGGCGUGCACUCUGGAUGUGGACACAUAGUGCGAACUGCGACAGGUGGGGAAUGGAUGGGGAAGUACGCAUGGCGCUGGGGCUCCAGGGAGGUAGGACAUAGCAGGGUCACAGUGUGAACAAGAUGGUCGCAGGGGGGUUGGAGGGGGACACUUGGGGGUGACGUGGGACAGCAUUGCGUAAGGGACAAGAUGUAGACCGCUUAGGGGAGGACGGUCCUGGACGUGUGCGGGAAUGGGGAGAGGGAGGGAGCGCUUACGCGCUAUGUUAUCAUUAUGUUCUGUUUCACAGCGUUAUGUUGUUCUGUUAUUUCUUCAUAGUUACAAUUGUAAUGAAUCGCUCUAUUUAAUGUGAAUGGUCAGCAAUGAAGGGGUACUAUGUGGAUUGGACCUACCUACUUAUUACACACUUGACACCACCUGGUUGGGUACUAGGCCACACACCUCAACCCGAGCUCGUGCUCAUAUUCAAACGGCGGAACCCUGUUUGGCACUGUCACCUGGUCUGGUUACCGGGACGUGUACCCAGAGCCACCGGCCGUAGCACGAGACACCCCUCUUGCAGGGGUGACCCUUCCGGGGUACCUCUCACUCCGGCAUCAGUGCCCGAGGGACCGGGCUACUGACUAGUUCACCUUUUUCACCUCUGUGUCUCACCCCUCUUUCCUCCCUCGCUUUCACCACUCUCUCUAGCCUCUUGCUCCCCUCUCUAUCCCCCUCUCCCCCACUGACCCGGUGGACUCCCUGUUUUCUUCACUCUCCUUGCUUUUGUUUGCCCACACAGUGGACUGGCAAUUGAGCUUGGGUGGAGGGUAACCUACCACCAACGGGCACCCCGCGCCCUGGCUAUCAUGGCCUACCGCCCUGCUCCUCUGUCUGUCCUCACCCUUAACUGUAGAGUACUGAAUAUUCUGGAACGAAGAGUCCACAUGCUGCGGAAACUGAAGAAAAGACACACCUCGGUUGCGAUGUUCCAAGAAACGCAUUUCAGAACGGGGGCCGCUCCCAAACUUCAGAACAAAUCCUACCCGAUAAACCAUUUUUGCAACCAUCCAUCUGCCAGAAAAGCUGGAGUGGCAAUUUUAUUAUCGGUGGACCUGGAAUUUCAAAAGCUCGAUAGCAUUGAUGACCCACAGGGACGAUAUCUCUUCCUGAAAGGGGUGAUUGCGGGCAAGAUCUAUACUUUCGCCAACGUUUACGUCAUCAAUAAACGGCAGGCCCAGUUCCUGAGGGGAACGCUAGCCAAACUGAAUGACUUCUCGGAAGGUGCCCUAAUACUGGGGGGGGAAUUCAACGCCCUGCUGGAUAUGGACUCCUCGACAGGACACAGUAGCAUUACCCAAUUUACUUUACGCUCUAUUCGGAGAGCGUUGGCUGACAUAGGCCUUAUAGAUUGCUGGAGGACACUCAACCCAGCUGUGAAGGACUUCACCUAUUAUUCUGCGCUUCACGACCGGUACUCCCACAUCAACUAUAUCUUUAUCAGACAAACUGGGCUCUCGCGAUUAUUGUCUUAACCCAGCAUGGUUAUGGUAGAGCUCCAUUCCCCACUCCUUUGACCCUCCACAUGGACGUGGAGACUCAAUGAAGCUCUCCUCCGGGACACGGGAACAGGUUUCCCAGGAGUUGGAUCUCUACUUUCGGAGUAACGCAACGCCAGACAUAUCCCCGAUUUCAGUCUGGGAGGCCCACAAGAGUGUCCUCAGGGGCACGUUGAUUCGGAUAGCAGAGCACAAAAAGAUGGCAAUGAGGGAGAUGGCGGAUGUGUAUAAGUUAAUAUCAGACCUAGAGGCUCAACAUAAACGGUCUCAACUCAUAGAGACGUAUAGGGACUUGAUGUAGGCCAGACGACAGCUGAGGGAACUCCUAACAAAACAUCAUCUCCGCUCAUUACAACAUUCCAAAGGCUUCUUCUACACCCAUGCCAACAAGGGAGGCAGAUUUCUAGCUCGCCUUUUGAAGGGUCAAACGUCACGUGCACAGGUUCGCAAGUUGCGCCUCUCAUCAGGCGUUGUAUCCACUUUCCCAACAGAUAUUGCAGAAGAGUUUAAGGCGUUCUAUCAGUCCCUGUACAACCUCGCAUCGACCGAGGACCGUAGAAUAACGGAAACUGAAGAAGCCCAUGCACAAGAAUACCUCCAGGAUGCUAUCGACACAAUGAUACCAUCGGCCACGGUGGAAGCACUAGACGCUCAGAUUACUGAGGAGGAGCUUGCAGCGGCUCUGAAGGCAACUAAAACGGGAAAGGCGCCAGGCCUCGACGGGUUUUCCACGGGUUAUUACAAGACCUUUACAGCGCUACUCUUACCGUGGUUAACAAAAGCCGUGUCGCAGAGGGGGGGAGCUUUGGGUUGGAAUCCCUGGUGGCCACUAUAACUGUCCUCCCAAAGCCCGGGAAAGACCCGACGGUUUGCGGCAGUUAUCGCCCGAUAUCACUGCUGAAUGUGGACACUAAACUGUUCACAAAGGCGCUCACUACUAGGCUCCAAUCUGUCCUUCCCUCCUUGAUACACGUGGACCAAACAAGAUUUAUACCUGGACGAGAGGCACGUGACAGCACCUAAAGGCUGUUCGCGAUACAACACCGGGCAAGGAAAGCACAGCAACACCUCCUCUUGCUCUCCACAGACACUGAAAAAGCAUUUGACCUGGUGAAAUGGCCUUACAUGUUCCCUACCUUGCAUAAAAUGGGAGCACGGCAGAGACUGCUUACGUGGACUAAAGCACUGUAUAGCAAACCCAGAGCCACGGUGCGGGUCAAUGGGGGCCCUCACAGAUGAUUUCGGGAUCUCCAACGGAACGAGGCAGGGAUGCCCCCUGUCCCCAGUACUGUUUGCUGUGUCCCUGGAACCCUUGCUCCAGACGAUCCACCAACACCCGGACAUCAGGGGCUUCUCCUGGCAGGGCACUGACCAUAAGGUCGCCGCUUAUGCGGACGACCUCCUCUUCUUCAUAACGAGCCCUCGGAUCACGAUGCCUUGCCUAUUGCUGAAAUUUGAACGAUUUGGUAAGGUCUCCGGCUUUAAGCUCAACCUAUCUAAAUGCGAGGUACUAAACGUUACAAACACCCGAGGAGGAAUAUGCGGUUUUGGAUUCGCUGUUCCCGUUCCGAUGGUGCCUUCAAAAAAUGAAAUACCUCGUAAUCUGGGUGACCACGCACCCGAAGGAUUCAUACCAGCAUAAUUUCGCCCCCCUACUGAAGAAGUUAUUGGCGGACCUAGAAAAAUGGGCGUACCCACAUAUAUCAUGGCAUGGAUGGAUAGCGGUACUAAAAAUGAAUAUUUACCUAGGCUCCUAUACCCAUUCCAGACGAUACCGCUAGCCAUACCAACAACCUUCCUCACCACGUUAAAAUCUGUGGUCAUUCGAUAUGUGUGGCGGGGAGAUUGGUCGAGGCUCCGACAUGACAUAAUUUGUCUGCCCAGACACCGAGGAGGCCUCGCAUUGCCUAAUUUUAAGAAAUACCAUCAGGCAGCACAUAGUAAAAUGGCAUGUGAGCCCGCAGCAAAAACAAUGGGUGGCACUCACCUGAGAGAGCCCCAGGAUGCCCCCACAAUCUGCUAUCUGGGGAGGGGGAUCGACACGUAGCAUUGGGGAGGGGCUGAUGGAACAGACACUACAUAGUUGGAGACUCAUAAGGGAACAACAAGUGGGGGAGAGGACACCCAACAGCAUGGCCCCUUAUGGGGUGUUACGGACCCUGGACUCCUUGCUAGAGGGAAAGCCCCGGACCCCCCUGGCUGUACUCCGAUAUAUGCAAGUGAAGCAUUUAUUAUAAUACCAAGCGGAAUAAAGAACACCUGCAUAGGAGCAGAACCUAGUUCGAGGACUGUUGCGAAAGGGGCACACCAAUUGAGAAGGCGAUUUCAACACUAUACCAAUACCUCCUGACAGGACACUUAACAUCGAACGCCACCUUUCUCAGGCAAUGGGAGGAACUCCUAGAUACAACUUUCACAUCCCAACAGUGGGACAACGUACUACUCUGGCAACAUAAAAGCUCAAUUAGUUCGCAAUACCAAGAAACAAAUUAUAAACUGAUUGCACUCUGGUAUAGGACACCAGUCCUUCUCCACAGAAUUUUCCUGAUGACUCCCCCUACGUUUUGUAGAUGUUAAGAGGAGAAGGGAACAAUAAUACCUAUCUGGUGGGAAUGCCGUGCCAUCCUCCCUUGUUGGGAACUGAUCAGACAGAAAAUAACUGAGAGACUGAGUGGACGGUAGCGUUGGCCCUCCUACAGCGUUGGCCAUAACACCGAUGUCGGUAUCCUCGUACAAAAAAAACAUAUUACGACACCUGCUGAAUGCUGAACAGAGAUGAGAGCGAUCAUCGUGAAGAUCCUGUGGGGAGAUCCCGGGCUCCGCGGGGCGGGGCCAACGCAUACCACCUAACCUCUGCUACUUCUUUACCCUACUUUCCCUCCCUCGCACCUUUGCACCUUCUCCUACUGUGAUGAGCCAGCCUCCAUAUGGGGCGAGAGGGGCUACUGUCUUCCCCCUUAACUCUUCACAUUGGCAUUCUUUAACAUAAGGCACACACCGGUCACCUGAUACACUUCUUGUAAUUAGCAUGUGCGUACCACAAAACGAUAGCUAACGUCCCCCUCACGCACACUAGACGUAAAUGUCCCACUGGACGCUUCCACACAUACACUGGGUACUGCAAUGCCACUUGUAACAACAGGAACAUGUGCUCAUGGGAGGAGGGUGGCGAACGGUGGACCCAUGAAGGGACAUAACUGGACCUACGGUUCUAUGCAGGGAUUAGUGAAACUCCACCAUAGGAUACCGCUCAGGCACGUUUAUACAUGCUUGAGCACCUGCAUCUGAAAGAUACCAGUCGAUAUUCACAUAACUACACGACUGUUACCAUGCGUGCCUGAGACUCUAUUAUUGUGAUUUUAAUGCAAGAUGGACCAGCGCGUCCUGUUAAAAGUUUAAUGAUGGGUUGGGAAAGGUUGACCCCUGCAGCUCUGAAACGAACACAAAAAGGGCAUAUAAUAAUAAUAAUAAUAAUAAAAAACAAAUACAUUAAAACAGAAAACAAAAGACACACAACACCAGAACUGGGGGCAGACCUUCUUCUAUCAACUAACUUUUCUUUCCCUCUCCUUUCCCAAACUCUCUUAACUUCUCUCCCUCACAAACCUUCCUACUACAGGAUAUAUUAACCCCAUAACUGGAUGGGGACAUACAACCAGUCUAUCACGAAAAACUUACAAUGCACGUCUCUAAGCAGGACACAAUUCGAAUGAAUAGAUACAUCCUUGUGGCAGGAAUCUAUGCAUCUAUGCUAUCUUUAUGUGCAAUACCAAUGUAUUCAAGCACUGUUUCAAAGUUUAAUCGUCAGCAUUCAAAAUGUUUCACAAUGUAUCUGUAUUAGACCUUUACGAAUGUAUUUCACGAAGGCCUGCGAGCCCUACUCUCUUGUCAAUCUCAUUACAAUAAAACCUAAAGAUUUAAAAAAAAAAAAAAAUCUUCAUUAACAGUUACAAAUAGCUGCAGAGAGCAUGUGAUGUCAACAGCCAAUCAUAACAUGAUAGACUAAUUACUUGACACAGGCAAUUUCUGAUAAACCACCCCGUACUGGACACUAGAUAUUAGGUAGAACUGAUGAUAUAUUGUGGAAUUAUAAAUGGCGGAGUAGUCUUUGGGUGCUGGUAAAACCGCACCCAAGCAGUAUGACAAAGAAAAAUAUAACGUUUACAUACUUUGCACUACAACCACUAUGCUGAGCUGUAGUGAUUAAGAUGCAUAGAAUAUGCCUUUAAAGAACGAUUUAUUGUUAUUAUUCUUUAUAAAGCGCCAACAAAUUUCUCAGCGCUGUACAAUGCAUGGACUAACAAACACAUAAUUGUAACCAAACGAUAAAUGCACAGGAACAGAGGGGUUGAGGUCCCCACUUAAUGAGCUUACAUGCUAGAGGGAGUGACACAAAAGGUAAGGGUAGAAUGAUCUGCAUUUAUACAGAUUCUGAUGUAUAUCAUCAGUCAUCUGAAAAUAGUAAUUUGGAAAAAAGAAAGUAGAACUUCCUUCUAAAAUGUAAAUAUGGUGCAGUUAGCACCCAUUAUGCCUUAUCAUAGCAAAAUCUGUGCAGAGAGCAGUGUAAUAAGAUGACCACCUCAGCCUAUAAUUUGACACGUGUUAGUGGCUUCACCUGUGGCUGCAAACAAGUGAUAAUGAAAGACCCGCGUUUACAUGCCAAAGUGACGGAAGGCUGCCAUAACCACAAAAUAAGCCUUUGAACAAACUGGCAUUGCUCCAAAUUCCUGCAGCAAUCUGGCUUUAAUGUGGUAAAUCAAACUUCUAAACCAAAACUAGAAAAAUAUACAGCAUUCAGCCAAGACAGAAAUGAAAUGCACUUAAGCUACCUGUGUGCAUAAAAUGUAUAUGGAUUUAUAUGUGUGCGAUGGAUGGAUGGAGAGGCAAUCAAUUAGCUAGACAGAUAAAGAGACAUUAUUGUGUUUCAUGAAAUAACAAGGUCUGUUUUGUGGGGGGUUUUGAAAGGGGGUUUUGUUUUUUUUCCACUGAACAAUCAAAUUUGCAUCACUGAACUAUUUUUUCUUAUUUUCUCAUUAGGACAAAAUUCUGCCUUUUUCUUUUUUUCAUCUGUAAAUAUUGUAACACUCACACAGUGCAGCACUUCAUUUCUGUCUGUAUUUGCAUAUUAAAAAUAAGCAUGCAUGCGCUGGGUGACUUGUUAUUGUGUAUGCCUUCCUACGUGUCUCUUAUGAAUAAACCGUUAUCUGUACAGGGUGUAUUUCAACAUAUCUUUCAGUAAGGAGGAAAAACUGUGCUUUCCGUUCACGCUUGUUUGCAGAUUUGGAAAAAAAUAAAAAGUUGUUUUACUAAGCUUUUGGUUCUGAAAAGGAAAGUUUAGUUGAAAUGCAAUAGCAGCAGUGGGGCAAUGUCACUGAUUAAUUAGGUUAUGGCGAUCAUCUUCUAUCUCUGCAUUAAAAUGACAGGUAGUUACAUCGACCUCUAUAAGGAGUGUAGAAUUAAUCAAAUUUCACAUUUUCAGUGCUCACUAACCUCCCUAAAAGUGGAGAAAUAAAGAGAGAAGCUGUGUUUUAACACUGCAUUAUGGUUCUUUGUAACAAUGUCCGUCAUCUUCCCAUAAUUUUGCAGUUGAAUGCAUCCAUUUCAGUGGCAAGUCUGACAGUGCAAUUUUGAAGGUUUACAACACAGAAUAUAAAAAUCUGGAGCAUUGCCAAAAUGAUUUGAUAUAUGCCUGGGAUAAAAAUAGUUUAAUAGUACAUAAAUGGGUGGAUUGCUAUUAAUCAUACUAGAGAUUUUCUGAGAACAAACACAUGGCCUUUGUAAUGUCACUUUUCUUUCAUAGCUCGCAUAACUAUAUAUAAAGUACUUUAGAAGUUUUCAUAUUGUAGUAGAAGGGUUUCCAGUAAUGGCUGUUAAAUUGACAUGCAACCAUUGCUAAUAGCAAAGAUUAUGGUGAACGGUUACUGCUUCUCAGCAUCAGGGGACAUGUAGUCCACAACAUCUGGAGUGUUGAGGGUUGCCCGCUUUAGGCCUAUAUAGUUGUUACUGCCAGUCAUGGUGCAAGGUCCCGUGUUACCAGGGCCGUCUUUAACACGGGGCAAACGGGUCAGCUGCCCCGGGCCCUGUCCGUGCUCGGGGGGCCCAAGACAGCUGCUCCUUUUGCCCUCUGCCUGCAAACUAUGGGAGCCCAUCGGGUGGCCCAUGCACUUAGGGCCACCCGGUGGGCCUGUGUCAGCAGGGGCCCGGUCGGGCGCUGUGGCGCUUUAACAGCGCCACCGGGCCCUUGCUUUUCGGCAGCACUGGGAGGAAGUGACAGCCGCGCGUCACUUCCUCCCACAGAAACAGGAGCCGCGCGGGAGGAAGUCGGACCAGCUGUUCAGGAGGGGGCCAGGCCGGGAGAGCUUAACUCCCAGCCACCCCACUGGACCCCAGGGAAGCCACCAUCCAGGAAAAGGUAAGAAACUGGAGGGUGGUUAUCAAAUUUUGCAUGAGUGUCUGUGUGUGUGUGUGUGUAUGUGCGUAUGUCUGUUAGUGUGCCAGUAUGUCUGUCAGUGUAUCUGUUUGUCUGUGUGUAUGUGUGUAUGUGUGUUUUAGUAUGUCUGUGUGUAUGUUUUCCAGAAUGUCUGUCAGUGUCCGUGUGGUUCUGUAUGUCUGUGUUUGUCAAUAUGUCUGUCAGUGUCUGCGUGUAUGUGUGUUUUAGUAUGUCUGUCUGUCUGUGUAUAUGUGCCAGUAUGUCUGUCGGUGUAUUUGUGCCAGUAUGUCUGUCAGUGUGUCAGUAUGUCUGUGUGUGUGAGUCUGUCAGUGUCUGUGUGGUUCAGUAUGUAUGUGUGUAUGUGUGUUUCAGUAUGGCUGUCUGUGAGUGUCAAAAUGUCUGUAUGUGUGUAUGUCUGUCAGUGUCUGUGUGUAUGUUUGUUUCAGUAUGUCUGUCUGUGUGUACGUGUGCCAGAAUGUCUGUCAGUGUGUCAGUAUGUCUGUGUGAGUCUGUCAGUGUCCUUGUGGUUCUGUAUGUGUUUGUCAAUAUGUCUGUCAGUGUGUUUCAGUAUAUCUGUCUGUCUGUGUGUAUAUGUGCCAGUAUGUCUGUCAGUAUGUCUGUGUGUGUGUCUGUCUGUCAGUGCCUGUGUGGUUCUGUAUGUCUGUGUGUAUGUGUGUUUCAGUAUGGCUGUCUGUGAGUGUAAAAAUGUCUGUAUGUGUGUACAUCUGUCAGUGUCUGUGUGUUUCAGUAUGUCUGUCUGUGUGUAUGUGUGCCAGAAUGUCUGUAUGUCUGUCAGUGUGUCGGUAUGUCUAUGUGUGAGUCUGUCAGUGUCCGUGUGGUUCUGUAUGUCUGUGUGUAUGUGUGUUUCAGUAUGGCUGUCUGUGAGUGUCAAAAUGUCUGUAUGUGUGUACGUCUGUCAGUGUCUGUGUGUUUCAGUAUGUCUGUCUGUGUGUAUGUGUGCCAGAAUGUCUGUAUGUCUGCCAGUGUGUCGGUAUGUCUAUGUGUGAGUCUGUCAGUGUCCAUGUGGUUCUGUAUGUCUGUGUGUAUGUGUGUUUCAGUAUGGCUGUCUGUGUGUGUCUCUGUCAGAAUGUGUCUCUGUAUCUGUAUGUUGUCCGUUUGUGUUUGUAUCUGUAUAUAGUCAGUGUGUAUCUGUAUGUGUCAGUGUUUGUAUCUGUAUAUCUGCAUGUGUGUCAGGUUGUGUAUCUGUGUGUCUGUAUGUGUGUCAGUGUGUGUGUCGGUGUAUCUAUAUGUAGUCAGUGUGUGUACCUUUGUAUCUGCAUGUAUGUCAGUGUUUGUAUCUGCAUGUGUGUCAGGUUGUGUAUCUGUGUGUCAGUGUAUCUAUAUGUAGUCUGUGUGUAUUUGUAUGUUCUUGUGUGUAUCUAUAUGCGGUCAGUGUGUAUCUGCAUGUGUGUCAGGUAGUGUAUUUGUGUGUAUCUAUAUGUAGUCAGGGGGCCCAAGUAAAUGCUUGCCCAGGGUCCAAUCAAAAUUAAAGACGGCUCUGCUUGUUACUGCCUCCAAAACUUAAUUAAGGUUGACACGGCCCUAGGUAAGGUGCCAGAUUGGGUCUCUCUCUCUAUAUAAGAACACACUCACAGUCCCAGAACUCCUUCAAUGAUUCAGAGCACAGACUGUGGUGCACUGAGUCAUCGAGAAGCACCAGGGACGGAGUUUCAAAUGGUCUGUACCUGAAAUUGGAACAAACCACAAUGGACUCUUGUCUGAGCCCAGACGCGAGUCGGCUGCCUUGGUCGCCUAAAGGGUAAUCUAGCUGUUGUCUGUAUUUACUGUAUUGUCAGGUAGCUGUGUUGCCUGUGUUGAAGUUAAUCUCUUCCUGCUUUCUAUUAUCUAUAUUGUAUAUAUUAAAAUUCUAUUGCUUAGGUUUGUCUUUGGAUAUGAAGGUGAGUUUUUAAUCACAUUUAAUAAUACGGAGCUAGACACUGCCAGUUAGGCUUACCCCACUGGAUCAAAAGUGCGCCAUACUGUGCUGUGGGUGGCAUUGCUACAAACUGGUGUAAACUGUUGUGUUUGAAAUUUAUCAUUUAAUUGCUGAUAGAACCUGAAGAAAUGUUUGAGGAAAGUCUGAAAUCUACCAGCAAUAUAAUAUAUAAUAUGCUCAUUACAUAUUCAGCAUUGUAUUCUGGGAAACCUGUAAAAAAAAAAAAACAAUCUUUUAGAGUUGUUAUGCCAGAAACAAUACCUUUUUAAGGUUUGCCUUGGGAUAUGUAGGUGAUAUUUACUAAAAUUAGUGGGGUUCUUUAUUUUUUUUAAAUAUAUUAUAUAAUUUGUUUUGGUUGUUUUAAAUCUAUUUUUUUUUUAAAUAUAUUAUAAUUUUGUGUAUAUAAUUUUUUUAAUGUUGUUUUGUUUAGCUUAUUAAAUUAGCUCAAAAGUGCUAUAUUUUUGUAGAAGGUUUUAAGCUAUAUAUAGUGCAGUAAUUCUAUGAGAGAGUACAACAUUUAGAGCACUGAACUAGCAUUUCAUUGGUGAUUGCCAAAGUACAUAAAAACCUUACUAUAUAUGCAGUCAGUACAGCUAUAAGUAAAUAAUUAAUUUGCAAUUCAGCAACUAACUAUACAAUAUAUUUUUGAAUUGAUCUAAAAAAAAAGCACUCCAUGGAACAAGCUAAGGAAUUCUGAUGUGACCUGCCUAACUGGUUUAGCAUGUCACCUAUCAGAUCUCAUUGCCUAAAAGACAGAAAUAUGUACAGGAAUAACAUUGAGAGUGGAGGCCUGGGGGCUUAUUCACUUAUCUAGACAUUUUGCACCAAAAUAACCAAGGUGGAAAAAGCUGAAGAAUGUUUGUUUUAGCCUAAGAAACACUAUCUAGUUAUUUUUUCACAAACCAUUGCAUAGGGAAUAAAUCCCAUUGACUUACAGAUUCUAAGUCAGGUGCUAACCGAGCCAGCGCAGAGGGACAUCAUUGCUGGACUCUGGUAAGUGACAGGAGGGUUUUUUAAUCCCUUCUGCAACAUUUGGGCAGGAAGGGGGCUUGAUGGAGGGGGGCACUAUAUGUAGCUAGAGUGCCAGAAAAACAACUUUGUUUUCCUGGCACUAUAGUUUUCCUUUAAAUAUUUUUUAUAAUGUUAACUCAUUUUAAAAGUUUAUCUAAAAUUAUUACAUAAUAUGAAAAGCUUAUCCAACAAUAUUAAAUCAAGCACAUGACUCUGAUGGGGAUCAAGUGUCCCAAAUACGAUUUGCUCUGACAUCCUAGUAUAUUGCUCUGUUUUCUCACCUGUCAGGGACUUUAGAGGAAAUCCCCACUAAAACAAAAGCACAAGGGAACUUAAUAAUGCACUUGUGUUGCACUUUUUUUUUUAGGAUUUUGUCUGUGCAAAAAUAUUACAUGGCCCCUUGUGUAGUACUGUGUGCAUGUGUUUUGCCUGGCUCAAUCAUUUAGUUUUCAGAUUACCGUAUAUCUGAAAUGUCACCGUUUCAUUCAGACAUUUCUCCUUGCACGUCAAUUGCACAGCAAGCCCCCAGGUGCUAUUUCCAUUCUACCCCUCCAGUCCCAAAUUUGUGCAGAGGCAUGUUGGGGGAUAAUUAAACAGUAGUUUUGUUUCAGAAAUGAAAUUUAAAUUUUGUAAAUCUUCUUAUGUAUAUUUUUAUGGAUGGAGAAAUUAUUUUGACUUUUUUUAUUUCCCCGGUUGUUUUUACCAAGUUUUUUUCAAAUUUUUUUAUAAACAUUAUUUGAAAAGAAAAUGGAGAAAAGCAUAAUUUUAACAGCCAUUCAAGUUACAAAUGGCCUACACAGGGUAGCACCAGUUUGUUUUUAUCUAGGAUUGACAAUGCCCCUUCAUAAGGCACCUGGUAGUAAUAUAUCUCCACUGAUAACACAGUAUAACGUCAAAGAGGACCCAUCACUGAAAACAAAUUACUGACACUUUGCUUCUAAGAGCAGACUUUCAGUAAACCUGGCAGGUUGUUGCUAUCUAUGGUGGUGUGCCAAUAGACUGGACUGGAGAUUAGCUUCACACAUGCAAUUGCCAGUUCAAUAUCUCGAGGCACGCUAUGGUAACUGAUCACAAAUAGUUGCUCAGUAUAUAAGCUCCAUGUAGUGCAUAUGACACGUUUCCCUUCUAUAAGAUAUUCUGAUCCCAAAUCUGGAACUUUGUGUACCUUUACUUAUCCAUUACUGCCACCAAAACUUCACAGAGGACACAUUCCAUUCAAAUCUUUAUCACAGAUUGACAAGCCGGUUUCAUGCAUACCAGUGAUACGUGCUCUUUAAAAUACAGAUUGUUGCUGAAAGGGGCACUCCCAUCCAUAGUCUGAGUAGAAAAAGAAGAUUCCCUUACUGAGACAAAGCCAUUGCUAGAAUUAGAUCCACAUUUCACCCCUCGGGGCACUGCAUUGAUGGCAUUAAACCAUGUUAUCAGAUACACUGCUCAAAUGUGAAUCACUCAUCCACAUGCUCACAUAUGUGCAGUGUGGUAACAAUUUGUGAGAAUUCUAAAAUUCUUUCAUGGUACUUCACAGAACAAUCAUGGUCAAUUACAACAUUCAAAAUGUUUGCAGAAGAAAAAUAGGUGACACAAUUUCAGUUUUAAUGCCUUAAAAAAAAAAAUCUAGAAAAUUGGUGAAUAUCACAAAAUAACUUUUUAAUUAAUCGUUAAUGCUUGUUUAUCAGCAUACAAUCUCCCUUGAUCGGAUAAAAAAAACAAAUGUUUUAUUUUUUAAAUUGGAGGAUACAUUAUUAUGUACUGUAAAAAAAGUGAAACGUAUCAGAAGGCUGCAACAAAAAAAUGAUCUGUGCAGGCAAAUAUUUCCUCCAUGAAAAAAUCUCUACAUUAGUCUGAUCGAGAUCAAAGAGCACUUUGAUACGACGCUUUGAUACGACAUCAAACACUUAUAGUCCCUUUACUUCUGCUUUAACCUUUCCAGAUCAUGAGUAGAAUGUUAUGAAUACUGCAUAGUUAUCUACUUGUGUAGUUUGUACAGAAUAAAAUAUAUUGCUGAUAUAGCUAUUGUGGAUGAUGCACGACUUGUAUAUUUUAUAGCACAUUUCCAUUUGACUGUACUGGGCAUUGCAUAUCGUGUAUGUAUUAAAAAAUAUAAAUACAUUUUAUAUCUGUGUGUGUGUGUGUGUAUAUAUAUAUAUAUAUAUAUAUAUAUAUAGUUAAUACAUUGGUAAACACAAACACACACACCAGUCAAGCAAUAAGACUUACAUUUCCCAAAGAAAUCUCACUUUAACAGUGCUCUCACUACUGCAAGGGAUUAUGGGUAAGUGUAUGCAAAUGAGCUCAACAAAGAACCAAUUUCUUUCCUCAUAAUUCCACUUUUUACAUGGAUUCCUUGGAGUAUGUGUCUGCUGUAUACAACAGCUUUGAAACACAACUCCGGAAGAAGAGCAAAGCCAGUGAACCACUCAUGGACAGCUGUUUCUUUUUUAAUGCAGCUCAUCAGCAUCAGGUUGGUUACUUGUACCUACCAACUUUUUUUCCCACCACAACUCUAUUGGUAUGUAUGUAUAUAUGAUUUUAUAUAUAUAUAUAUAUAUAUAUAUAUAUAUCUCAAUCAUAUAUAUACACACAUAUCCACAUGACCAGGUAAAAACAUUAAUGCCCAGUGCAGGUCCGGCACAAUGAACAUAGGAUCAAAGGAUGGACCGCACUCCGGGGACUUCAGAGAUGUUUCAGUUUGUUGUCCUGACUAAUGCUCCAUAUGUGAAGCUGAAAUAUCAACAUAUUUUAGGAUAAGAUGAUAAAAAUAAAACAAAGUAUUUAACCAGGAAAGAUACAUUCAGAUAUUCUCUGGUUUCCAAGUACGUUCUGAUGUAAUAAAAGUUAAGUUUUAUCUAUGAUCUCUCUGAAGUCCCUGAAGUGCGGUCCAUCUUUCGAUUAUUUAUAUAUAUAUUCGUGACCGUCUCCUACCAUGGUGAUUGUUAAUGCAAAAAAAUGGAAAUUGUGAUGAAAUUCCCAACAACAUGAUUUCCAAGGUGAAAUCUUCAAAAGUUCUGAAAUAGUAGAAAUUUCAUUUUGUAACGGCUUGUCCUAUUCUGUUAUUUAAAAGACUGCUGAAAAAAAACAUGUUAAUGUUUCUGUUUCAGAACCACGAUCAGUCAUGCGUUGCCUGCAAAAUCAUUAUCCACUCAGACGAAUACCACCCUCCAAUAUUGCCUCCCAAAGCUGACUUGACAGUCAGACUGAACGGACAGUGGGUCAGCCAGAGGUGUGAAGUGCGUCCUGCGGUCUUGUUCUUAACCAGACACUUUAUUUUCCAUGACAGCAACCACACCUGGGAAGGAUUUUACUACCAUUUUUCAGACCCCAUUUGCAAGCAUCCUACUUUCACCAUUUAUGCCAAAGGCCGUUACAGCAGGGGAUUACACUCCACUAAAGUCAUGGGUGGGACAGAAUUUGUGUUCAAAGGUAAGUUGCUAACAUCGUACAGUGAAUUUCAUUUUUUUAUUUUUUAUUCUAUGAUGCCAUUGAUUCUCUGUCUCAUAAAACAGAAAAUGUGUAUCGCCUUACCUAUUAAUUCUUCAUCAAACAUGUUGCAUCUGGUAUGAAUCCCCCGGCAUGACCAUUGUUUUGGUAUUGCAUUCCAACAUUAUCGGGAUUGAAUUUAGUCAAAAGAUAAGCAUUCAUAAGAAAAAUCAAAUGUUAUGGGGUGAGUGGGGGGGAGGGAGCAUUAAAGGUUAAAUCAUGCUGGAUCUGCUCCAUUCUUGCAUUAGUGCAUUAUAUAGAUCAAAAGGGGCAAAAACUAUAAAAUUAUAAAUAAAUACAAAUAAAAGAUACAUUUCAAGUUUCUGCUCUAGUCCAGGUUUUAGGUUUUACCACUUUCUGUAGUAAAUUUUCACCAAACCAAGAAAUGACAUAGCCACCUAACUUACUGUAGGACCCCCACCCCCCUGUACUUAUCCUGUAAUUACAGGGUUAAUCACUAAAGUAAGAAUUCCAAGUGAAUUUCACUACCAAAAAUGCUUUGAGUCCGCUAUGUUUCCAUUUUAGCUAAUUUGGUCUUAAUUUGAAAUCCACUUUGAAUUCAACCUAAUCCACUUUGAAUUCAACCUAAAAUUAUUUUUAUUUUAGAGUGGCUAUUUUGGGUCUUGGUAAACUGACCCUAUCUCACAAGGAAAAACAAGCUAUUUAUCAUGGUUUACUAUAUGUGUAGAAUAUAUAAUUUAAAAAAAAUAGCUUAUUUUUUGUCAAUUAAAUGUUUGUUUGUUUAUGUAUUAAGUUCCAUAUUCUUUGAUACAAAAUAGCUAUACAGUUUUUAGCUCCAGUGUAUAUGGCAUUGCCUAUAAAGAAAUCGCUAGUUGAAUAUUUUUGCUAUCUGUAGUAAGCGCGUUGUGACAAUGUUAUUCUUGAAUUAGUAAACUGUACAUUUUUACAAAACCACUUUAUGUAGUCCUUAGUUCACCUAUCAAAUCAUCAGAGUGUGUAUUUCGUUUUUCUUGCAGUAAAUCACAUGAAAGUAACCCCCAUGGAUUCUGCCACUGCUUCCUUAUUAAAUUUCUUCAAUGGGGAUGAGUGUGGGCCGGAGGGUUCGUGGAAAGUUGGUAUUGAGCAGGAUGUCACACACACCAAUGGUUGCGUAGCACUGGGAAUAAGACUACCACACACAGAAUAUGAGCUCUUUAGAAUGGAGCAAGAUACUCGAGGAGUUUACUUUCUCUAUAAUGGCCAAAGACCAAGCGAUGGCUCCAGCCCAGAUAGACCUGAACGGAGAGCGACCUCUUACCAAGUGCCCCUUGUCCAAUGUGCCUCCUCCUCUCUGUUAAUUGAGGGGACCCUGGAAGGACAUCAAAAAGCCCAGAACAGGAAUUCUGCAACUGAGCACACUCGCCUUUACUGGCUUUCCAAUGUUGUACUUGUGUUUAUUUGUACUAUUCUGCAUUUGGACCUUCUAGUCUAAAAAUAAGGAGCAACAAAUUCUUUUGCUGUUAAAUUUGGAUAUUAUGGGACCAAGGAUAUCUAUUUCUUUGAAGAAAUUACAUUUGUUUACUUGACGCACUUGGAUGCCUGAGAACUGUUGCCCCAUUGUCAUUCAUAUCCCUUCCUUCCCCUUCCCUCUCUUCCUUUGGUCUUCUUUUAAACAGUCGGACAAUUGUGUUUGAAGUUUGGUCUUUGAACUUCGCCCAGCUCAACCUUGCCUUAUGUGACUGCACAACAGUAAUUGCACUUUAGGUCCACAGACACCAUUCUGUUAAUAUAUUGCUGGAGCUUAAUUAGUUUACAGAAAUAUUAAGCUAUGUUUUGUCUGUACCUUAUUGCUGUUGUGAAACUUUCCACAAAUGCCAUUUUUAAGCAGUGUUGAAAUAUCAGGAUUUAUUUUGUACAGUAUUGUGUCGCUACCUAAAUAUUGCUCCUUUUAUAUUUGAACUUCUCUGGGAUCUACCGGACUGGUUUUUUUUUUUUAACCCACCAGAAAAUAGAAAAUGAGUUAAAAUAUUUACUGUAAAUAUCUGUUUAAUGUAUAUAAAUGUAAAUGAAAGAUUAAUUGAUUUAUAUUAACAUAUUACAUGUUUUACACCAAAGAAUAAAGAUGAGACAGUUUUAAAAUACUAUAUAGAAAAUCUAUAGAUAGUGAGAAGUUAAUAUUUUUGAAGACUUUUUUUUUCUCUGCAGGGUGAGAAUUGAUUGUUUUUAUGAUGUGUAAGAUUAGCCUAUUGAUACUUUAACUCUUUUUUACACUUUUUUUCCGCAGUUUGCCUGGUAAAUAUAUUUUUAAUUAUUUCAAAACUCUAAAAUAUAUCUGGAUGUAAUUCAUUUUUGUUACACUGAAUUUAAGAUACUAAUAAUAGUUCACAUUUUAUAUUAAACAGGAUGCAAGAUCGUUUAUACGAUUUGAUGUUCUACAUAUCAAUACAAAUUAAAUAUUAUCAUAUAUCUAAGUAUAAUUGAUGUUCUCAUAACAUGCAGUAAGUAUUAUUUUGUUCACGGAGGCUAAAAUGUGUAAUUCGUGUAACUUCUUGAAUUCAUCCUAUAUCCGUACCAAAUGCAUUACUAUGUAGUCUGAAUUACUAAUCCCUAGAGAAGACCUUCCAACUUUGGC